AUGGACACCUUUAGCAGUGUGAGUACAGUUUCUCUUCUGGCCUCUCGUAGCAGCGUAGCCCAGCACAAGGAGGUCAGGCCUUGUACCUCUGUCUCUCAUUCUCUGAAGGUGCUGCUGCAGUCUGACCAUUGACAUUUAGCAUUCCUCCACGCUGCCUCUGGGUUCUCAAUGGGGGAUUCAGGGGUGCAGAGGCCAGUGCCUGGUUCUCAAGGGUAAAAACAAAAAGGCUCUUGAAAAUCCCAAGGAGUUCCCAUGAUCCUAGAAAAGACCUUGAUCCGACCUGUGUUAGAUUUCCAUUCCACGGAUUAGGCUGCACAAAAAGUACAUAUUUGACUGAUUUAUUUUGUCUUUCACUCUGGAUUUCAGACAAUGAAUUGCAAUGUUUUCCACAUGCGGCACAGAAAUUUUUCCUCCAUGGUGAUUUUGCAACUGUAAGAUUUUGUAAAAGUUUAGCUAUUCAAACCAGGAGGACUUUUUUUCUUCUUGUUUAAUCAUUUUCUUUUCAUGUUCUUCACUGACAUUUUCGAGUACGAGCAAAAGGGUGUACCAUUUUUUAUGGUGGAAAGUUUUCAAAGUCAUUUUUCAAGGGUUUUUUUUUUUUUUUUUCCAGCAACAUACAUAAUCUGUUAGCAUCAAAGGAGCACACAUGCAUAAAUAAUUGACUAAUUCACUUAAAGGGGGCCAGCGUAGAUUAAUUAAGCUUGAAUACUAAUUAUGUUUUCUGUCUACACCAACUGAUGCUGUUGUUGUUUAAUAAGAAAAAGUGUUUGGUGGGUCACAAUUACCACGCACAUAUUGAGCUUCACGUUUUAGGCGUGAGAUGGCUUUUUAAGCCUUUGAAACAAAAUGCUAACCUUAUCUGCGAGGAUCUGAACAAAGAUGCUUUGUAGAUGUUUUCAUUUUAUGCUAUACUGAUGGAUAAAAUCAGGCUUUAUAAAUGUUAAAAUAAAUCAGAUGUUUUUGUAUUAUAUUCAUAUUCAUAUUAGUACAAGAUGUAAAGCUCUUUCAUUCACAUUUGGAAGAUGUUAAGGGUUUUUAGGUUCAAAUUAGGACUCCUGGAGAGAGGUUUUUGUGUAAAUAUCUUGUCAUUUCAAGAAACACUUUUGUCCUUGACUCUCAUGCCUAGCACACAGGGCGGUUGUCUGGAAAUGGUAGCUUUAAGUGUCUCUGUGAAGCCCAGCUUUUGCUGUCUCCGCUCCCCUGGCAAGCAGUGUGCACACAGGGACAGAGGCAGACAGCUCAGAGCCGGGCCCUUGUUUACAGCUGCGUGGGGAAGAAAACAGGCAGACGUAAAUGAGGGUUGACGGUUUCAUGAAGCACAAUUGGUUGAUGGCAGAUUCAAUGUGACUGGGCUGAACUGGGCGAUGAUCCGUACAGUAUGCAAAAUUCACUUUCUAGCUGGUCUGUGCCCACCAGCCUCUAGCAGUGAGCGGUCUUCCCCAAGCCCUUCUAGCUAUGCCUUUGAAUGCAACAAGAACUGAACAAGGCAUUGUUGUGCUCAAUUCCUUUUGACAACAAUCACAGUUAAAAAGGAGAGAAUAAAAAACAAUGGAUGCUUUUUUGUCACUAGGUAUAGAUGAUUUUUUUCUCACGUUGACUGCAAAGUAAGCUGUUUGUGUGCUGCUCGAUAAAAAUUAGAGAAGGGGCGGAUUGAGAGCAUGUUAGAUGCUUUUAGACGACAAGAGAAUGAACUCAGGGGGAUCGCUUUGAGCUGCUGUAUUUGCAUGUUGUAAUGCACCCAAAUUUCUUGGCAUAAUUUUCAGCUGCAGCACCAUGAAUCUAAAAUAUGUAGGUGCGAUGUGACAAGCAAAUUAGCUCUCAGCUCGUACCAGGCUAACCUUUUAGAAAUCCAGUUUGUAUCAUGGACCUCUGUGAUGUUUCCCUCCCCCUCAGGAUUGAGUUGUUGUUGAUCCUUUUAGAAACUCAACAUCUGCAUGUUCCAUCCAGUUAUUGCACAUUAAACUACUUUCUUUGUAUCACAAGGAGCAUGCUGUCAAUGUCAGUGGACUCGAGAGAGGGAGAUGAGGACCAGGCAUGUUUCUUAGCUUUCCAGACAGAGACACUCACAGCCUGUGUGGACUAGAUUUUCACUGACAGUGACCCAAAGCUGUAGGCCUGGAGUGGAGUCAUUCUGUGUGCUUUCUCUUGUGUGUUUACAAUGCUUUCUCUUUUUUUUGUGUGUUUGUGAUUAAACCAAAGGCAAGAAUACAUUCAUACUCAAAAACAAAAAACUAAUUAACACUUUCAGGACAUUGUAUUGUGAGGAAGAAAGUUAAAUAGAAAUGUGACCGGAGAAGGAAAUGAUUCCUAAUGGGAGCUGAUAUGAAAAGCAGAUGCAACAGAGCGUAAAGGCUGCUGUUUAAACUUUGAGAGUUAGCUAAACAAGCUAAUACCGUCUCAUCAGGAUUAAGGGUGAUAAGCAAAUACAUUUAUAAAGCCAAAAAUUAAACUUGGAGUGAUUUCACCUCAGAUUUUUGCUUGCAUCUCCACCUUUACGCCUCAAGGCAAAAACUAUUUGUAAAAUAAAGAGUGUUAACCUCCUUUAUCAUUAUACGAUUAGCUUCAAUUACUUUAGCAAACAUUUACUGCAGAGCUCUUUGACAAAUGACUCAGGUGUUUAAACUUUUAGAAUCGUUGUAAUGAUAAAAAAUAUUGUGUACCAUACAAUUUGAUGCAAAUCUGAUUAAUCGGAUGCAUUUAUCUCAGAGGAUUCUUGUGUUUGCAUUUGCAUCCAAACAGCAUCUGUGUCGCAGAGGAAAGCAAAAAAAGGUGCCUGAUGAAAUGAAAACAAGAAAAUGCGAGAAACUUCAGGGAGGCAAUCAGCACUGAAGCUAUAUUUGCCCUCUUCAUUCUCCACAGCAUGUGAAACUCAGAAAAACUGAUUGGUACCCAGUCGAAAAGAAAAUGGUUUUUAAAUAAGUUACAAUUAGAUAAGCAUUAAUCUCAGUGGUAUAAAUGAAUGUCUUGCUGUAGGGCUUGUUGAAUGUAAAAACAGAUUUACAAAACUCCUCUUACCAGAUUGGUCUGGAAGUAGUCCUUCUCCAUUUUAAUUGCUCUGUCAUUUAGAAUUGAAAUAAGCCCCACACUCAUCUGCCCCUUGAUUUUGCCUUUGAAAUUAAAUAUUGUAUACAAAUACAUGCUGUUCAUGGGCAUGAGCACAGUUCAUCACUGAAAUCUGCAUAAAAUGAUGCUUAAAAAGCUCCAUACGCUCUGAGCAAUGCAGCUCUUUUAUGGUGCAUUCUUAUGUAAACAUAUCCAUAACCAAAACAACUACUUCUGCCUUUUACCUCAACUUUCUUAUUGUUCUGUUUGUCCGCAGAAAUGAGAGAAAUGUGGGACUGCAGAGACUUUGUUCCACACACUCUUGAUUUCAAAGGAGCCCAAACUCAGUGUAAUACAUUCCUCAUUUUCCUUUCCAUGCUAUACUAUGCUAAUGUAGACCACCUACAAGACAAGACGAGACAAAAUAGUGUUAUAGGUUACAGUUACAGGCUGAUAUUGUACAACCACAUUUUUAAAAAUAACCUGUGCGGCAGCAAUUGUGGUUAAAAUUACUUCAUUUUGAAAAUCCUCCAAGCUUUACAAAUUACGAGGACCUGGCAUGAUGUUAUUUGGAGACAAUUAUUCUUCCUCCUUUUGAGAUUUUCUAGGUUGAGUUCAUGUGAAUGGAAGUAAUGGGAAGUGUGCCUGCAUUUCCAUACUUAUUUGCACACACCGUGCCUGUGUGCUCCCGUGCAGCCUGUGUAAAAAAACGCAUAAUUUUCCAGGAGAGAGUAUUGUUGCCCAUUCAUUUUAGAAACAAGGAGGAAGUAUUUUAAUGUGACCUUCAUUACACAUUCAUGUCAACUUUUCUUAUCUAUUUAUGAUUAAAUUCUUUUCCACUCCUGUUGUUCAAUUAGUGCUUGACCCCUUUAGCGGCGAUGUAAAUUAAAUGACAUUUUAGUGUCGUCCCAUAUUUAAAAUACUGCGUUAGUUGCGGAUCAUAAAUGAUGAUCUUCAUUCUGCAGCUAAUUUAUUCAUUUAACAAUUUCCCUCCAGAAGUUACAGCAGAAGGCUCUGCAGCAACCUAAGCAGAAGAAAUCCAAGUCGGCUGAAUUUCUGAUGGGUGAGUCCUGCUUGAUGAGUUAUUGCUCAUAAUUUGUGUAAGGAUUAAUUAACUAAUUACAGACAAAUGGCUUUGGGCUAAAUUUUGCUCUUGCUUGUCAGGGCGCAAUUUGUAAUUAUUUUAAUCAUUUCUUCUUCUUCUCUUUUUUUCCUCCUCCUUUGCAAGAUUCUGAUUUAAUUUUAACCUAAUUGUGUUUUAGUGUCAUUCGAGGAGGAUGCGCCUGAGCAUGUUGGCGCGGAAAAAUCACCAACAGAAAUAUUGUCGUCAUUAGAUACGCUCGGUUUUUUGACGAUUCACUUUGACCUAACUGUUGUCUCACCCCUUCAUGCCAGUGUUUGUGUUUUUAUUUAUGUUUCUGCUUAUUUUGUCAGGAGGAGAGGAGAGAGCGGCGGUGGUGGGCAUAGAAAACCCAGGAUUCAAUGGAGGAGGAAGCACCGAGCUCUCCGUCUCUCCGCUCUGGCUGGGGAGAGAAAUUCGAGGUGACAGGCCAGAUAGCACCCUUGCAGCUCACCAAAAAAAAAUGGAGCUGCAAGCCCCUGCCAAAGAAAGAGGUGAAGCUUCAUUUUUCAUUAGCCUCAAAUUUGUUGACAGUAGAUGUGUUCCUGAUCUAACCUUUCUCUCACUCCUUCUUCCUUUCUCUCUCUCUCUCUUUCUCCGUUGGUGGGGCCCCUGGUCCCUGCAUUCCAAAGCAAGCGUGUCCUAACAAGCAACCCUCGUAUAACUUCUUCCUCCGCUGGAGAACACGCAGUUGUGGGUGUUCUAUCUCUAUCUAGAAGUACCCUCGACACAAUCAGCCUUGACUCCCACUCUCGGCUACAUGCCUUGUGGUGGGCUGGAGUCAUAGGAGAGUGCAUUUACAUACGCUACUACGCUACCAAGCAGAUCCGCUGUCUGUGUGGUGUACUCACUACGCCCCCGAAACACGGCUUAAGGCCAAUCAGGCAUACGAAUAUGCCCCCUUAUAAUUCAGUAUGUCAGGGAGAACUCUUGAGGAAUGGGAUGGUAAAUUAGGAUGCGUUCAAGGUUGCGAGCGUGCCAGUUUUCUCAGGGAUGAGUCACAUGUUAGAUUCUUGAUUUAAUGUGGUCUAUUUUGCUAUUGCUGUGCUGGCGUGUAAUUAUGAUCAAUUAUUAUCAUGAAUUUUUCAAGCACAGGAGGUGGACUUAAGCAUUGUGUGAGGAUCUGGCCAGCGCACGAACAACAUAUGCAUUCAUUAGAGUUGGACUAUAAAGAAACAUGACGAAGAGGACGAAGAGUUUCUCUGUAAUUAAAAAUAACGGCAACGCUUAAAAAUGACCUUAGCAGUCAUUGGUUGCAGAAAUCAUCUAUUUUAACCAGAAUAGCAUACUUGGUGGAAACAAUGAAAACAUUGGCAUUAAAAAUUGGCAUAUCAGGCAUUAAAAAAAACCAUCUAAUUUCCUGUACCGUCAUAGUCAUUUAUGGACAAAAUCUUAUGCUGACUUAAUCGUUGAUUUCCCCAUUUUUUACACUUUGAAUUUCUGAAUCAAAACAUUGACGAGAAAGGCAGUAAAGGGCAGUUUUUUAUUUUUUUGGCCUGAAUGGAAAUGGAAAAAGGAAGUGGCCUGUUUCACCACCUACUGAAUGACUCAGCCAACACAUCACGGAUCACUUAAAACGUCCCCCUACUGUCCUGCACCAAUGACACUUUUCCAACAUAUACCACCACGCCGAUAAGAAGUGAUGAGUAAAGUUGCUAAUUUUUGCACUUUUAUUUUCUCUAUUAAUUGAAAAUGCUAAUUAGGCUUCUUGCCAAACCCUUAAAGCAUACCAAAUGAACUUAAACAUCUGCUAAUUUACUUUAUUAAAAUGUGUUGCAUUUUACACCAACUCAAGUCACUGUACCAAUAGGCUUUGCCGUUGAUAUUGAGCCAUCUAGUCCUUUCAUACUCAAGUGUUAAAAGAUGAUAGUGUAAGAGAUUUUCUUUGAGUUGAUAAAAGCUGAUGAUUCAGAAAGCAGAACAUAAAAAGACAGUUUUGCUCCACAGGGAGUCUAAAUAAACAUAACAGGCCUUAUGAGUUGUGUUUUAUUGGAGGAUAACCAAAGCAGGUUUCUCCAUGUUUGUGACUCCUUUGCUGUUUUCCUUAUGCCUCCACUAAUUUGUGUUUGAAAAAAGGGUUUCAUAAUACCAGAGAAAUAGUUCGAACCCUCUGCUAAAGAUGUGGACAUGUGAAUUUCACAGUCAAUUUAUGGAAACUUUAAGGAAUCAUCCUGCUGCUUCGUGUUCAAUAAAAGUUUCAGUCGGACUCUCUGACUGAAUGUGAAAACCUCAGAUUUCUCCUUUGAGCUUUUUUGGGUUGUGGUGCUCAAAGGCAAACAUACUGACUCACAUUUUUCUGCAUCCAAACCUCACACUUCUAUAAAGGCGAUCCUUGUGUGGGGGUAUCAGACGUGAUUUCUUGUCCUGUGCAUUUUUUCAGCCUCCCAACCUGAGAAAUACAAGUGAAGCAAUUUAGAUUGGAGUGAAAUAUCUAAGGCCUGUAAUGAGAAUGAUUUGGGGUUAAGAAAACGGCAUGGCGGGGUGUACCCUUAAUAGAAAGACCCUGAAGCUAUUGGAUUCCCAUAAACUCUGUGGAGCAGACUUGAUACCCAUAGGUCAGUGAUUGCUAAUAAGAAGUCAAUGAGACAUGGGCUCAGGUUAUUUUCCUUUGGAUCUGCUCCUCCAAACUUGCCCGGUCCUCUAGGCUGCUGACCUCAGAGUAUUUAGAAGGUAUUGUCUUUGAAAUUCCAGGUACUUUUGAGCUUGUAGACUUUCUCAUUAGUUCUUUUUGAACACAGCAAACAUAUGGCAGUCGUAUUUAAGAGAUUGCCUGCCGUGACCUUUCACGGCAUGCUAAUUAGGCCCCAGAGCACCGCAGGCCGUGGAGAGGCACGCUGAGAAAGCCAGCAGUCUCUUUCCCACUUCUCUCUUUCUGCCUCUGUACUCCUGUCUCAUCUUGGCUCUGCCUUAUCUGGUAGCAGCCGCUGCCCCUGCCCUUCCACAGUGUGGGUUUCAAAAUUAACAUUUCGCUUCAUGUGCUUCUAAUAACCACUAACCUGAACCUGUACAACUCCCCUCUUCCCUUCCACAACACCCCCUCGCCAACUCCCAGCGCCUCUUUUCCUCAUUCUCUCGCCUCCCGCACUUUCCACAGGAAAUAAUCGCACCCAAAAUUACUUUGACCCGUCGUCAGCAGAGCAGACAGACCCAAGGCAUGGCAGGAUGGCUGGGGUCAGCGCCGAAGAUGAGCUGGAAUUAAGUAUGCCAUUCUCUGUCAUAAUAGUUCUCCUCGGUUCAUUAAAGUGAGGUCACUGGUGGUAGGCUGCCAUUUGUGAUGGCAGGACGGUCUAUGUAAAUACACCAAAUGAUGGCAUCACUAGAUUGGCUAUCCAGCUCGCUGUCAUUGAUGAAGGUCAUGUAUCAUUGGUCAGUUUUCAUUCCACUGUGGCUUUUUCUUCCCUCUGUCGAAUGACACACGCAGAGCCAUAUCAAUAGUUUGCAGCCCCCUCCCAAAGUAGUCCUAUUAAAAGCGAGCUCUUGGGAGCCAAGUAAUAUGCAUGUUAUAAUGAAACACGGUUAUUAAUGGAGAAGCCAUUUCACCUGUAUCUUUUGGAUAUCACUGCCGUGUAAUAUCAAAGGAUUCGCAAAACCAAAUCUCAUCACAUGAUGACAGGCAGGCUAACAGGCAUGUUAAUGCUCCUUUUUCAUUACCCCUCUGCAUACACUUGAUUCUCAGGCCUCUGCAGCCACAGCUGAUGUCUCUGCUGUGCAUGUUAAAAUGUGGUUUAGAUUGACUCGACUGAUAAGUGGGAGGUAAUUUUGAAGCAGACAGAAUGCACGUCGUUCUCCGACUCUGUUCAAGGUGUACUGAUUUCAUGAUUUUUGUGACUUUCAGCGAUAGUGAAUGCCGAUGAACACCGACUUUAUCAAAGAAUGGCUGCACUGCUGGAUGAGGAGGAUACCUUCAUAGAUAUACCAGGUGUGUAUUUCCCUUGAUACUUGAUUUGGGCAUACCUGUUAUCAAAGGAAAGCAGUGUUUACUGUGGUACCUCUGUCUCCAGAUACUGUGGCUUUAAGAAGAGCUUUGUGAGACACCCAGACAAGCAUAAGACAUUACACUAAGAGCAGCACUCACACAAAGAAUAAAACCAGAAACAGUCCUUCACUAGUAGUCGGUGCUUUCCAAGCACAGCCAUUGUCUCACAGUAGGCGUGCCUUUUCUCAUUAGCUCACUUUCAUCCAGCCAACCGGGCAACACUGAGGUGGUUUAAGCUUAGCAUUGUUCUGGCAGGAGACAGUUGCACCAGAUCCUGUUGACAUGACGCACGUCUCCCUUGUAAUUCCAGCGCACAAGUGAUGGGUUUAGGCCCGCUUCAACAUGGUAGAAUUUUCCCGUCUCGUAUUAUUUGCCAUUGUCUCGGAUUUAGCUGUACCGCCGAGAUUAGCAGCCCCAUCCAUUGUCUUGGAAUGUUCAUGAAAUCCCACAGAAAAAGUAAAGAGGAUCUUGGAUUAACAGUUUCUCCAUGCAAUAGGCUGAGACACAGUGAGUGAGAGAGAGAGCUCCUACUUGUGUACUGUUGGAGUCCAACUGCGUCGACUGCCAGUGAGGACUUCACAGCGCUACAAUAGACUUCAAGACAAUCACCUUAUGCUGUUGUGUGGAUGCCUCCCACCGGUGUAGGCCGCACGUCCUCUUUGCUGCUGCAAAACCGGCUCAGUGUAUGUCACAGCUGAUCCUGACAUUUUGUGACUGCUUCUCAGGCUUUUGUCUGGGCUUUUACAGCCCUCCACAAAGCAGCAUACACACUUCACAAGACAGAAAAUAAGACAAAGUAUUAAUGAAAUGGACAGUCGCCAGUGCUGUAGACUCCUGUUCAUAAAACAUUCCUGGAGAAAUCCCUUCUUCUUCUCCGUCUAAGACCUUCCCUUCCUUUUUAUCUCGAUGAAUUCUAUUGCUUUGGCUCGCAGAUGAAAGAACAUAAAAACUGGCUUUCUGUUCAUUUUACUUCUCAGCGAGGAGCGAGGCAUUGAUAUCAGCUUCUAUGUGAAAAGCAUUAGGAAGUGAUAACAGCUUUGGCUGUUACACAUGUUGGACUGCACACGAUGAAAACACAGAUGCUCAAAGAAUAUGUGAGAAUGACACUUUGAGCGGUCAUGACCAUAUAAGGACGCAGAGGCAGGCGAUGAGUCAAACCCCCACAGUGGGCAUUUAUUUACACUGAACAACAACUACCAGUAAAACACACCAGAUACACAGCUUCAUGCACAGGACAGUUUCAGAAAAUGACAAGAGUGAAACUUUAGUGUCAUGAUGUGUUCGGCCGCCAGCGAAAAAAAAUUGGCCUUUCUUAAUAUUGAUUUAUAUCUUAAGACUGAUGUCCUCACCUCCAUGCUAGCUGCUCUCCUCAAUGUUAGUCUUAACUAAGCAGAAAUUAGAAAUGAAAAUUAUGAAAAUUGUAACAAUAAGUUUGACAAAAUACAUGUAUUUGUCAAUAUUGCAUUAUGUCGAGUGGGUUUUAAAUGUCAGCGCUGUUGUGUGUGAAAGAUAGUUAGAGACGCCAAGACCCGCCUUAUGUUGCUUCUGAUUGGUUUAUGGUGCUUGGUGCUUUCCGUGGUUGGUUGCAAAAAGGACUGAUGGAUUGUUCUGGGAUUGGUUAGUCAAUCAGAGUUACUCGAACUGCGGCACGCCAUAUUGGAUGGGCCCACACUCCAAAUGGGGUCAAUAGAGAACAAGCAACUAUGCCCGUAUUUUUGCACUUUAUCGUUGAAAACCCAACACAGUAUUGAAACCAGAUCAUGUAGGACUACAUUUCACAAAUAAGAUUGAAAAAUAAUUUUGGUCAUUUUUAAUGUGUGACAUUGUCCUGUAUUAUGGCUACAUCCCUGCCAUUGUAACAAACCAAAAAGUGUGAAAAUCGGGCUGAGAUUCGGAGAGUUAUUAUUAAAAUGGUUGGGCAUUCCUACGUACCUUAAUGCACUGGGGGACCCAUCCAAGACGGCGGCCGCACUGAUACAAGAGCUCCAAUAGGCAGCAUCAGGCUUUGAGGCGUCUACAUAUAUUACUUCUUCUUCUUCUAUGGUGUUUAUUGGCGGUUGGCAAACCAACGAGAAGGUGCAUUGUCUACAUAUAUUAUGUCUAUGGCUCUGCCUAUGUACCCUUUCCAAUCAGAUGCCACCAUAUGCAGGGGUGCUAAAAACAUGAAACUUUGUUUUUACUUAAUAUGAGUAUUAUUUUAAUGUAAACCCCCAAACCUUUAAACAUAAACAAUCCCAGACUACACAUUCAUAUGUGACUACUAUUUUAUGUAAUCACAUCCUAACAGUUAUUUUUUCAAAAGAAUAUAGUACGUGGCCCUGUUUACCCCUCAUACCAAUCUGCUAGUUGGAACCCUCCCGGCACUUUAAAAACGCUGUUUGUUUCCCUGGGGACUCUUUUACCAGCGCACCCUGAGAGUGAAGACAGAAAGGUACAGGUAAGUGUUUGGCAUUUUCACAUCAGGUUAACCUUUGUAUCGCACCUUCCCUAUUUUAAUCAGCAUACAAAUCUGUUUGGACUUUUCCAACUCAUACUGUUUCUCAUAGGUGCUGCGGCUAAAUCAACCCGCGGCCAUUACAUGAACAGCGAUCGUCUGUGAGCAACACAUCAUGAACAAAAUCUGUAUUAUUAACCAAAUCUGAAUAAAAGUAUUUUUACCGAAAUACCUCUCAGACUCAUCUGUUAACGUGUCGUGUUUGUUUAUUAAAUCUAUGAUAUGUCGCUCUAUGCCAUGUGACCAUUUGUUACGUUAGCUGCCUCAAUCCUUAGCCAGGCCUACCUGGUAGUCUGUAACGGAGACGGGUGUUCUGCCGUAGAAUGCACCCCUGCCGUAGAAUUCACCCCCUGACGGGAGCGCGGUUGAAAGCAGUGUUGUUUUUGGCAGGCAUUUUAGGUUUAGUUUUAGUCUUAGUCAUUUUGAUGAAAUGCUUCUUCGUUUUAGUCCCAUUUUAGUCAUUUCUAUCCUUGAUAGUUUUCGUCUAGUUUUAGUCCGACGAAAAGGUGCCUUUUGACGUUCGUGGUGUUCUUUCCCGACAGUUUGAAGCCGCAGCAUGAGGAAGCUGUGGCUCCACAACUGUCGUCUGUCUCGUCUCCCCGUCCCCGUACAAGACAUUGUGUUUUAUUGUCACUUGAACUGUAUCUGAAGUAGGACCAAAAAUCAUCCCUCUUUUUUCGGCCACCGGGCACCGCUGCUGUGCCUGCCGCCACGGUGUGUGUGUGUGCGCGCCUCGUCCACCUGCCGCUCUGUGUAUGUGUAUGAGUGUGUGCGCGCAGCUGUGCGCGAGCGAGGCUUUUGGUGCGUGUGUGAUGGGGGCGUGACAGUUAGGACAAAAAAAAGCAUGUCUUGAAACUGUGUUCGUCCACCUAAUAACAAUUUAGUCUCGUCUCGUUGUCGUCUGACGAAAAUGAAUAUAAUUUUCGUCACAUUUUAGUCUUUACAGAGCUUUGGUGACGUUCGUCUUGGUCUCAUUUUCGUCAAGGAAAAAAGGGGUCUGACGUCGUCAUUUAAGUUUUCGUCCUGCCUGACGAAAACAACACUGGUUGAAAGUUCAUAACAAGGCUAAAUCAUCCAAGUUUUCCUUACCGUUAGAUGGAUUCAAAAGCGUGUGUCUUCAAUUAUUUAAUUCAGGCUAUUCAGAUAAACCGAGAAAAUAGCCCUUUAAAUUCGGAACAUUUGCUGUCCUGAAUAUAUAAUUUCCUCCACCUUAACAGCUUAGUGUACAGCUUAUAUACCAAAGUACACCUCUAUAUGUGCAUUUGUGAGACACAGAGCGAAAGUUUGCUGCUCCAUUUGACAUGCUGUCAUGAUCCAGUACUCGUGUUCUCUUUAAAUAUUAGAUAAUCUUAGAUUUUAAGAAGCUAACGGGUGAAUGGGAUGAAGGGGGUGCAUUCUACGGCACAACACCUGAGAGACCUCCAUUACAGACUACCACACGCUUUCUACUAAAGAGGCGUAGAAGAAAGACGGAAAAGAAAUAAAUUCUGUACGACUUACUAGAAACUAGUUCAUGCCUGAUGCUGGAAAAAAAAACUUUUUUCAAUGUAUGGACUUAAUAUUAAGAGGUUUCCUUCUUUUUUUAGGAGUAUGAGUUUAAAAGAAAUGAUGCUUUCACUUAAUUUACUUUCAUGUUCAAAGCCUUAAAGCCUGAUCCUCUUAAAACACUUCGAUGGCAGACAUAAAAUCGUUUUAUUUCCUGCAUAGAGACAAAUGACAAAUCUGUUCCCAACAUUCUGCACAUUAUUCUCUGUCUGCUCUGGUUUAAGAAUUUUUUUAUUGUAAAUUCCAGCUGUGUUUUGCUCCUUUUUAAAUUAUUUAAGGAAGUGUCUGGAGAGAAAUAAUGAGCAAAUCAAAACAAGCAGAUGCAGAUAAUAUAAAGAUAUUUAAAGCAAAAACAGUAGCUGUGAAAAACAAUCUAGUUUUAGAAAUAAGGGUGUUAUUUUUCACCUACAGAGUUUAAAAUGUAUAUAGAUGGGAAUAUGUUGGAUAAAGUAUUUGCAUUCAUCAGAGUGUGUGUCUGUGUGCGUGCGUGUGUGUGUCUUUGAGUAUGCAUGUGUGUGUUUCUGUGCAUGUCCACUGAUGCGUGUCUCUCCAGGUACGCUGCUAGCCUCCAGGGAUGAGGAGGUGUUGGAGGUGAAGGCAGGUGAUCCGGUGCUUCAGCGGCGACUGCUGCUCCACGGCGGUGGUGAUGCCUCGGGCUCCAGACCCUCCCAGGCCCACACCAUUGCCAAAACCCAGGCUGGGACUGGAGCUGGGCUGGGGAGAGAGGCUGGACUCGAAGCAGGGGGGGCGGUAAUGGGUGGAGAGAGCACUGUAAAAGGUAAUGCCACGCUUGAGAUUGUGUUUUUAUAUUUUUUAUUUCCUUUUUGAGGCAUCUUUAUGAGGUGUAAUGUCUUUUGUUUGUGUAGGAGUAAAAAAGCUGGGUUAGUUAAAAACUAGCUCAUGAACUGGUUUGUUUUUUAAUUCACAGCAUCAUAACUGUUGAUGAAUCAGCGUCGACUUACUCUGCAUGUUUUCACAAGGAGAAAAUAAAAGCUGGCAGGGAACCAUGCCCAAAAGUCAUCUGCUCUUCAGCUGUAUUAUUUUCUCUGGACAGUAUUGUAGCUCCAUGGAUUCUUUUGGUUAGAAAAAUGUAAUGCAUAACGCCACAAUAACACUCGUUUUUGGAUUAAUAUAUGAUUUGCGGUUGCACUGUGUUAUUUCUUGCAGCGAGGACAGCCAAGGAGGCGAUCCCCCACUACGCCCAGCAGCUGAGGGAGCGCGUGCGGCCUGACAUGAUCACGCUUGGCAGCCUUUCACUGCAGCAGGUCAGGGCUACAAAGAGGAAUAUCUGUGUCAUCAUCCCAUAUUCACCAGCACAUCAGCCAUGUCCAUUAUGCUGCGGCUCGGGCUAAUGGACAUAGAGUGUGUUCAUGUGUGCGUGUACAUUUGUCUGUUUUGUCUGCUCUCAUCCCAGUUUGUGAAGGAACCUGCGUGUACUUUGUUAAAUUUCUGACUUUUUUUAAGCUCCAUAUUUGAUUUUUUUUUUCCUUCUAACUUUUUUGUGCUCAGCCCUGUCCCUGCAUUACCUUUCCAAGAGUACUGCUUUACUUUUUAUGCAGCUUUUUUUGAAUCCCAGCUGAAUGCAGUCAUGUGAAAUUGCUCUUUGUGGAACAUGCAUUCAAGGUUAGAUAACUCAUCCAUCCUUGGCUCAGAAUGAGAACAUGAAUUUUAACUACAUAAUCUAUGCUUCAUAUGAUAUCCUCACACAAAAAUGUAUUUGUAGAGACAGUUUUGAUGUGUCUUUGAACUUUGUUGGGCAUUAUUAUGCAUAUUUCUUCCUGACAGAAGCAGCAUUUUCUUGGUUCUUUACCAGUCUUAAGGUCUUUUCAGGAAAAAAUAGAGCGUGACCACCUUUAUUUUCCAACUGGGGUGUGGGGAGAUUGUGAACUAGCGUUAAGAUCUAAAGCUUCUUUCAAAACAAGUGUUUUUUAUCCCGUAAAUCAGAAAAGCGAUGAGAGAAUGCAAGAACAUGGGGUUUCCAUUGUGCAGGGAAAUCUAGACUCCAAAGAAAACCCCAACAUAUGUAAACAGAAUGCAGAACUUCUAUCCACUGUAUUUUUAGCCCUAAUCUCACUUCAAAAGAGAAUAGCAGUCUCAUUAUGUGAAUUGAAAGUCUACGUAAUUGGGGGAGAAAUGGAUCAACAAUGUCUCAACAUCACUUGGAAGCGACAGCAACAGUUGACUCAUCCUGCCUUACUCUAUAAUCAGUGGCAUCUAAUGUGUACUGUAUCAGUAUUGGGAUCAGUGUUAUCUCAUUCUGCCAUAAUAUGUAUGAGCUCUCCUACUGUUUCCACACCCACCUCCCAUUGAAAGCACAUUAUCCACCAGAGAUUUCACAUCUAUUUUAAAAAUAAUAGCGUUUUUCUUCUGUCUCUAUUCUGCCGUACAAAGCCUCUACAGGGCGAGACGCUGUCACUUAGCAGUGUCAAUGCGUCUGAAUGGGGAGUGUGAAUGUGCUGACUGAAUGUAAAAGCGGCAGAAAUACUCAUCAAACGCUACAUGUCUUUAGGGCCUGGCUCAGUAUCGAUUGCCUGCAGAUUGCAUUACAGUUGCUCCUUGUGCUUAAUUCUGCCAUUAUGGUGCACUGCACUGUUUCAUAAAGCUGCAUCCAAAGAAAGUGUGCACGUGUGUUUGCACGUAUUUUUAAGCAAGCGGCUCAGAGGGGACCGGUGAAGGGGAGUGAGUGGGCAAAGAGGAGGAAGAGACUGAUGGACUUCUUGACCGGGAAUGUGAAGGUAAAGAUCUCUGUGCUGUUUAAAGAGGAUGUGUUGUGGUAAAAUACCUUCAAGUUUCAUCCAGUCAUGAUCUUUCCUAUUAGAUUUGUACUCUUAAGCUGCUAGAUUUUCUACUCUUAGGCGAUUAUCUAUUAAAAAUGUUAAAUUACAGUUAGCACGGGACAGGAUACAAUGUUUCUGUGUAAAUUAAAGCGCUGAUUAGCUGAUUAAGGUAAUGAUGAUUACCAUAUUAACAGUGUUUAUCAUUUCCACUUUGAUAUCUCACAGGAGCCUGAUUCAGAGAGAGAGUGUGACGUGGCAGCCCCACAGCCCCGCUUGAACACGCUGCUGCAGUAAGUCCAGCCCAUUUCAUAUUUCUCUCCAUAUGUAAAAUUGAUGUCACACCACUGUAAUCAUUAAUUGUGUAAAAAAGCAUUUGUAUUCCCACUGACACCCGGGAAGGCAUGUAAUUCAUAUGUCCUCUGCUUGGCUUCUCCUGUCGACGGGCAUUGCAUUGUGGGUAGUAUGGCUGCAGGGCAUAGAAAUCUGUCCAUGUCAUUGGGCUCGGAGGCGCAUCAAUUCUUGGUCCAUCCACUUUAGUCAGAGAUCACACAUCAAAUCUGGUAGCGAGAGCCCCUGCGGGCAGUCAGCUUAGCAUGUUUAAGUUUUUAGUAAUUAUGGACUACCAUGCCGGCUGACAUGAUAAAAUCAAGAAGCUACUUUACACAUCAGCAUCUUCUGUUGUGUUUGGUGGUUUUAUGGGUGGGUGGUUGUCGGACACCAGCUCUGUCAGAUGAAUGUGGAUCGGAGUUUAGCGAGAUGACCUCCUCUCGACAGCCUUGAACUCUGUAAAUUCCUUCUGAUAUCAAUGGUGGGUGGCUAUUAGACAUGGGAGACUUUCUAUGCAUCACCUAGGGCUACAUCUGCCUGAAAUUUAAUGAGAAAUGAUUUCACUUUUUCUCUCCCUGCGCCUAUAAAAGGAAAAAAAAAAUAAGGAGGAGAGACGCAGAGCUGACUUGUGGUUUUUGUAACAAAUGUGUAAUUCAUUUGUUUCCACUGUUUCUGAUUUAAUGGAGGUCGAGUAAUUGCAUUAGGAAGCACAUUGUGCCUUGUUGUGAACUGAUGAAAGCACAUGUAAUACUUUUGAUAGGCGAACAGAGAGGAGGGAGAGAGGCAGAGAAUGGGAAGAAAGACCCACUGCCUGCCUUUGAUGCCGAGCAUUUAUUUGCCGAAUUAUCCUCCCUUUUACAAGCAUCUUAUCCCCAGUCACAGGCAGGCCAGGGCCCCUGUGAUAUUGCUUUAUUUUGAGGAAUUAAGAGAGGUGGCGAGGAGACAGAGCGAAGCAACCACUUAUUACAUUACCACUGAUAAGAUUGAAAGGCCAAGAAAGGCAGAGAGAGAGAGAAGGGGGUAAAAAAAAGAGAGAGGGACCCCAGUGGAAAGUGUUUUGUUGUGCUGUUAUUAGAUUGAGCCGCUGUUGGCUGAAGAACAACAAAGAGUCCAAAAUGCAGGUGGCUGUAAACAGGGUUAACUUCCUGUGUUAAUGUUUGUUGUAUCCGUGUGUGUGUGUGUGUGUGUGUGUGUGUGUGUGUGUGUUUGUGCAUGUAGCAGCCGCGCCAUUGAGAGCCUGUCACUCAGGGCGCUGGGGGAAGGCCAAGAGGAAGCGAUAGCCAAAUACAGGCCGAUGACAGAGCUCCAAGAAUCCUCCUCUUCAGCAUCACGGCCCCUGUGGCAGGUAGGAUCUGUGAUUGCGGAUGAAAACAUUCAUUUUCAAGGAAACAAAAAAAAAGCACACAAACAGAAAGUGAUUUGCCCCUUCUGUCUGUAAGAAAGCAGGAGUGAAUAUUGAUCCAGAAGUGUUUACAGAUCGUCAAAAAAAGCAGGGUUGUUUGUUGGAAAAUAGAGGAAUGAUGUAAUUAUGUGCAAUCCCGCGAUGAAUGGGACCUGAUAGAAAAUGGGAAUAUCAUAUCCCUUAUUUUCUAGUUUUUGAAAUUCCUCCACUCCUUUUAUUACACCCAUGGAGACCGUAUGUGCACAUGCCUAUGCAAAAGCACACACAUUCAAACACAGGCGCUAUAGAGAAAGGCUCCCAGAAUCCUGAGUAUCCUGCCACAUUAUUUUUGUACAGUAUAUAAAGAGUCUUCCCCCUGCUUUGUGUGGAUGCUGUCUGUGGCUUUAGGAAUCUAAGUAGGAGGGAAAAAGGAGUCUUUGGAGAUGAAAAAGGGGAACAUAGAGAGAGGGAAGAAAAGAGAACCAAGUGGGAAAAGGAAAAGGAAAAGGAAGCUGCAGCUUUAGCGGUAGCAUCACCAGCUGUGGGAGGAGUGUGCUGUUGUGUUGCAUCUGGGGAUGAGGCUGCCAUGCCACCAUGCUGGCUUAAAGAUGUAAUGAAUCUUCAGUCGGGGGCUUUCCUUCCAGGGUGACAACUGGCUUUGAGGAAGGUUGUAAAUGCAGGGGAGAUUGUGGUAUAAUUCCUCAGACUGGCGUUUGUGCCCCCCAGUCACCAUUCGAUUAUCUCCCAAAUUGCUGUGUUUCACUGAGAUAAAGAUUUUUUAUGGCUUGCUGACUUGAAACAACCGGCACAGGCAGAAUAGGGGGCAAAAGAGGGAGAGGGAGAGAAGAGAAAGAGAGAGAGAGGGAGAGAGAGAGAAAGCAAUGGCCAAACCUGCCACGCAUAGUAAUUUCCUUUGGUAAAUGACAAAAUCUUUGUUUAUAUGACAUUUCCCUAAAAUUACUGCAGCGAGAUGAAUCUGAAAUAUAAAAUGUCACAUUUGGCAUGCAAAACUAUGAAAAUAUAUUUCUGUGCAAAAUUCAUGGAGGCAUUUAAUUUAGAAUGUGUUUAAUAACUAAGGCAGCCUGCAUCAGUAAUCCUGCCCGGAGGUCCCAAAAAGAUUGUCAUAUUUAUUCUCUGCUUUCUUCACCCCCCUCCUUCAUACCGAAGCCAAAAAAUUUUAAGGGUAAAUGUUCAUUGUUAAUUAAGAUUUACUAAUUAAAAUGAAAAUAAUUAACGAGAAAGCUUAAUCUCUGAAUAUUAGCCCAUACUUAGAAAGAAUGGAAGUUUUUGUAUGUGGCAUUUCCUGUCUCUAUUAAGAGUGCAUUUUGUGUGAUCAGUCAAUACGUGGAAAGCCCUGAAAAGAUAUUUCAGCGAAAGGACGGCCGCUUGCCAGCAAAACGCGGAAGAUCCCUCGCUGGAGCCUUUGAUCUCAUCUGUAGGAGUGCUGUAAUGUUAUGGCACUUUAGGCACAACUCAGGCUUGGGGCAAACAAACCACCUCUGAUAUGGAAAAUUGGCUCACUUCACCUUUUACCUUCGCCUUGCUGUCUUGACUGUCUCUUAUGACGCUUUUGCAAGCAUGUGGGCCAGAUAAUAACAAUGCCUCUUCAAACAUACAUCAUGCAAAUUGGACACCGGUGCGAUGAUAUUGUUUUUUUUGUUUCUUUUGCUUCCUUUUCUUAAUCGGCACUCCUCCUCCUCCUCCUCUCCUUUUCCAGUUUGCUUUCUUUUAACAUCUCUCUUCCAAUGUGGGGGUUUGGAGGCCUCGAUCACCUCCUCCCGAAUGUGAGAUGUGUGGGCUAAACCGCUUUGCCACCAAUUAUACUAAUUUCACUUCUGCCUAAAUUGUUUUUGUUGUUCUGGUAUGCAAAGAUGCUCACAGUGGGGAGAUUGAAGGGCAUUACUGCAGGGCUCAGCACACAGUUUCUCCCCUCACAGUCUGGCAGAGCAGUGGGCACAGCCAGCCGCUAAGUUGAAUGUUUAUGUUAUGUAUGAAUUUUAGAGGAAAAGGACAAGUCUCAGGUGGUUUAGUGACAACAGUAUGCCUUUAAAAACUGCAAAUGCAAAGUGUGGGUGAGUGUGUGUGUGUGUGAGCAUGUAUAGUCCCUGGGUGCUAAUAUGUCAUUGAUUGGACUUGAAAGCUUUAAUUGCCAGACACUCAAAAUUUGCCCAAGGGAGUUAGCCAACACAGUGUAUAUUCAAGUGCAUGAAAUAAAUGGGCAUUGAGAGAAACAACUAAAGUAACUAAAGACAAAUAAAGGUAAAGCAUUAGGAAGUAUAAAUGUGAAGGAUUGUGCUCUACCGGAUGUAAAGUGCAGAAACAACAAAACAAUUGGAUAGAGUGUAUUGAGCAUGAUGGAAAGUGAGUAGGUGGGAGAUUGGAAAGUAAAAAACAGGGUGGGAUAAGAUAACUUAUGUGGUGCGGUUGGAAAGGAUGGUAAAGCAUCAGGUAAGAGAGUUAGAUGAAGUAAGGUAAACUACAGGGUGAUAAAAGAGAUGGAGUAAGAUGGAAAAGUACUGGAUAGGAUGGCAAGUGAAGGAGAAAAACAAGGUGUGGUCAGAGAAGAGGUGAGAAAUUGGGAUGUGAGGGAUAGAAAGGAUGUGAUAUGAUAGGAUAGAAAACAAUAAUAUAGGAUAGAAUAGGAAAAGAAAUGGGAGGAUGAGAUAGGAUAUAAUAGGGUAGAAGAUAGGAUAGGGUAGGAUAGAAUAGGAAAUUAUAUAACAGGAUAAAGUAGGGCAAGAUUGGAUAAGAUAGGGUAGGAAAUAGGAUAGAAGAUAGGAUAGGGAAAGAAAUAAGGUAGGAUAGAAGAAAGGAUAGGAAUUAGGGUAGGAUAGAAGAAAGGAUAGGAAAUAGGGUAGGAUAGAAGAAAGGAUAGGAAUUAGGGUAAGAUAGAAGAAAGGGUUGGGUAGGAUAGGAUAGAAGAUAGGUUAGGGAAGGAAACAGGGUAGGAUAGAAGAUAGGAUAGGACAGAGAGGGACAGAAUAGGAUGUUGUUGGGCAGGAUAGGAUACAGUAGAGUAGGGUGGGAUAAGAUAGAAUAGAAUAGGAAGUGAUGUAAUUUUAGUAAAUACUUAUAGCACCCUGUCCAGUUCCCAAUGAAUGGAUCUGCAACUCUUACCUCCAACCAACUUAAAGUGAAAAAUAAAGCACCAGUCUAUAUUUGUCAAAAGUUGAAGAAAAGGGUGACUGAGACCAAAUGACUGUUUAAGCCAGAUUGACUUUCCAUUAACCACUGUUCAACAGAUGCCACAGAGGGACAAAAGACUGAAAAUGUAUUUAUAUUGUUCCAUGAUUAUGUUUUAUAGAAAAAAAAAUCUUAAGUCUAGCCAGCUUACCCUGUUACUCAUCCUAAGCCCCAAAAAGAGGCUAAUGUCACCAAAACAAACAAGCGAAUAAACAACAAGUGGGUUGAUGUAGCCCGAAGGUUAGUGGGAUGAGCUCACUACCAGGAGGUUGGCGUUUGAAAAUCUCAUUCUGAAUGGGCAAGUUGGCCAGGGGAAAUAAAUAUCACUCUCAACUUUGAUAACAAGGAACGCUGAUAUGCCCUUGAGCAAUGCACUUAACCCUUAAAUGGUUGAAUGGAGAUCAGUAGAUGGAAGCCUGCAGCUGUACCAGGCAACUUUCCCUUACGUUGACUAUGCUUGACUUCAGUUGGACAACAAAUCCCCCCCUGUUGAGCACCUGAAGUUUUCCCCACCCCACAACUGGGGGGAUUAAAUCAUGAAAUAAAUAUUUAUAUUGGGUUGUAAUUAUUUUUAGUGGUUGUCAGAGCGAACAAAUGAGCCAAGUUCUAUCUAACACAGACUGAUUGACAGAAAAUCUUUCUCACACUUUAGUCACGCUGUCUUAUCUCCAGAUACGCAUUUCUUACUUCACUCCUAUAUUAAAUUACAUGCAACAUGUGUCAUGGUUAUAUAUAGAGCAAAAAAAACCAAAAAAAAACACACCAUUUUAAUUUGCCAUGCUGAUUGUUACAUCUAAUAACCCUUAAGAAAAAAAUGAGUAGAAAAUUGUUUUUGGUGCCCUUAACUUGAAAGCAGAGUAUGCUGCAGAGAGGCUUCUCGUUGCGACAAUAGCUUUGUGAGAAUAAAAAGGCGUUGUGAGGCGUUAAGUAAUGAAAUUGUAUUUACAGAGCUCUUUUUUUAAACAGUAGUUACAAAGUGUUAAACAGCAGUAAUGGGGUAGGGGGUGUAGAUAAGAUAACACAACUGCUGACAGGAUUUACAACUAGGGGUUAAUACGGCAGCUCCACACUGUCAACAAAAAUGUUUGUUUUGGGGGAGGUUAAACUUAUUACUUUCACAGGUUUCGUGAUGGGGAAGUUGAUCUUUUGGUGAUAAAUUGUAACACCUCUUAACUGACAUAUGUGUGUUUACUAAGCACAGUUGAAAAGCACAAAGAAAUACUCAUGCUAAUUAGGGAUGCACCGAUCUGAUAUUUGGAUCGGAUAUCUGUUCCAAUAUUGACAAAUCAACUGGAUCGGAUAUCUGAAUUGGAACACUGGAACAGAGCCAUUCAUCAGUCUUUUUUUUCUUUUAAUUAAUAUCAUACACAGUGAUUUUGUUCGCUCUAUAUCUAUGUCUGUCUAUCCUUUUGCACAAAAUGUUUACAUAGAAGUCUUACUUCUUUUUGCUGUGUGCUACUGUGCAGUUUGUUAUUUGUUAUUAAAUAAUAAGUAGAUUUAUAUCUGUGUUAAUUUGUUACCUUUUUUUUGUAACAAAGCUUAUGUCAAGCCUGAUACCUUCACUCACAGGGCAAGGUAUAUAGUUCAUUCAUUCAACAGUAGUAUUGCAUCGGUAUUGGAUAUUGUCCGAUUCGCUCAGCUGAGUUAUCGGUGUAGGUUCCUCAACAAUGAAACCAUGAGAUUGCAACGAUACACUAGUCCAGCAUGACUAUAUAAACAUAUAAGUGCGCAUUAUACAAAAUUAAAGGAGAGUGAGUGAGCGAACGAACGAGCAAGGUCAAAAAACUGUGUGGCUCCACUCCAUGAUGCCAGAUGUAACUGCACUCUCGGGUUAACUAUGACAGAUGUCAAUACGCAUCAAACACUCUAUAUAUGGUUUUUUAAACCUGUUAAUAUCCAUACAUAUUUUUUAUUUAAAUGAACUUAUCAACAUGAAUUAUCUAACUGUAAAUAAUGUAAAUAACCAGAAUUUUACCACAGUCAACACAAAGGUAAUUCAAUACAUAAACUUAAAUUAUGCAAACAUUGAUGAACUCAAAAUAGGACCCAGGCUCCUGCAAUCUGUAUCCGAUUGGAUUGGUGUAUCUCUAAUGCUAAUGUGUUACAGGGUUAGAUAUUAUAGUAGAUAUUAAAAAUGGUGGAACAUUUGGUUUUAAAGUCAUUUGUUUUUUUCCUAUUAUUUAGGAUUAACUCCAGUGAGUUCAGAAAAUAUGCUGUCAGUAAUUUCAGCUUCCCAAUACUAAAACCAAAGUUUGAAUUCUGUGCAUAAAAAGUUGUGAGGAAUGUCAGAAAACUGAUAAGUUUUUUUUUUUGUGUCUUUCAGCCUAACCAGAGCUCCACCCCUCAGCCUGUGGAAGUGUGCGUGCGCUGUCUGAGAGCCACCAGAGAUAAACUACCGAGGGGCCUCUACUCUGUCAGUGUGGCUCUUCACAGCCGUCUAGGGGGUCCAGCUUUGGCUUGGUGCUCUAAGAAAGAUCAGCAACAAUGGGCAGUGACUACGGAGCCAACUGAGCACCGGGGCUUCUACUAUGACACGGACCUGCAUAUUAACCAGAGUCUGUUCAUGGUGAGAGUUUGGGAUACCACCUCCUUUUUAAAUCAGCUUUUUUAAAAACAAAGAUGAGAGAAUAGACACCGCACAUUUGGUUUGUAAUAAAUAUGUAUUAGCACUCGUGUGUAAAGAAAAAAGCUAAAAACAAGAGUUACAUAGACAUCUAUAUUUAUAAGUGCUGGUGACAUGUUGCUCUCUCUUUUGACACUGAUAUAUUUUUAUUCAACAACAGAAUCAGGUUGUGAUUUGUGACUGCAAUUUUAUUUGAUAACAACCCCUUUAUUCAUACGUUGCUUGGGGAAACUGCUUUAUUUCUCUCCCUUGGAGUGAGUGCAGAACAUCAAUUUUGACACUGAGGGACUGAAUAAAAACACGCUCACUGCCGAUGACAUGUAUUGAGGCUCUAAUGUGAAAUUCAGAAGAAAGUUUAGCAUAAUGUAAUCUUACACACAAAGUGGCCCCCUCAUAUAAAAGCACUUUAAAACAAUAAAACACACUCUGACAGGAUUUGCCGUCCUGUAGUUUCGUUUUUUUGCGACACAACUUCUGUCUUCCACCUCUAGUGUUUCAUUAGUUUCAGAGAGCAGAGUUUUUGGAGACUGAAAUGGAUUCAAUAAUUUUUAACCAAAAAAGAAAAAAGAGGAAGGAAAAAAAACCCACAUAUGAAAAUAUGCCACAUGCCACCUCGAGGCUCUUCCCAGGGGGAACUUCAUAUGAAUAAAACAACAACUUUUCAACCAUGACAUAUAAUCUUUGCAAGUAAAUCAAACCCAAGAUCAAUUAUUCAUUUAUAUAAGGAAGUACUGUUUUAUUGGAAUGAAAAUUCUUAUGCACAAAUGUAGUGAAACAUUUAGCAUCUUUUCUGCGUGUCUUUUUUAAUAUUUCCAACAUAGUUCAGCUGGAGUGGAAAAAUAGAAACCCCAGAGUAGUGAGAGAAGUUGAAUGCUUUUUAGAAAUGUGUCAAAACUGUGAACCUCCAUUUCCAAAACAAAAGAUGUCACAUGCUUAACGCAUUUGGUCCUUUUACAGAAAAAACACAUCAGGUUAUAUUAGAUUAAAUCUAUCCACAUUUCAUAACCACUUUCCUAAACCUCUUGGUACGAGAGGAAAACAGUUUCUAUAGAGGAUGCGCUAAUCUUAAGAAACCCACAUACUUGUUUUGGAUGGUUGAUAUUGACCAGUGGAUUAGACAUCUCUGUUUAUUUUUAUUCACUGACAGCGUGCAAGAUUUACAAGAGAAAGCUAAAACAGUAGCCACUAAAUCCAGUGUCCCUCCUGAUCCCAUAGAGUUUUGUACCGGCUCAGAAAGGGCUUCUUCACUGUUCUGAUGGCAAUUUUUAAAGGCCUUAGCUGGAGCAUUUAGCACAUGUGGACACUGUCAAUGGGCUGGUGGGCGUAUUCACUGAGCUAGAGCAUCCUGAUAAUAUUGUCUCCGGCUCCCAUCAAACAUAAAGGACGGGGUAAAAGCUGGCACUAACUGAAUGCGGACCUGGGAUCUGAUUCAGAGGUAAAAAAAAAAAAAAGGUUUAAGUACGGCAUGGUAAAUGCUUCAUGUCACUCUUCCUUCCUCUCCUCUCCUCGGCUGUGCUUUAGACAAACCUGUUGUUGUUGUUGUUGUCCUCAUUGACAGCGGUGGAAACGCUGAUCAGAUUUGUCUGAGACUAUCAGGAUUGGCUUGGUUGUUUUCUCUCUCCCUCCUCUUGCCCACACUAUAGCAUGCGAUUUCAGGAGUGCUUGCAGUGCCUUCUAAGAGGAAAUGAGGAAUUAGUGAUGGUAAAAGGAAGCCAGGAGCUUAUUUUCCUUUCCUCCCUCUCUCUCUCUCUCUCCCUUACUCUCUCUCCUUCUUUUUCAUUCACCCUUUGCUUUGUGUGUCUGGGUUUGGAUUUAGACAGCAACGGUGCAGCUGAAGAUGUCUGGGAUAUACAGACAAGCGGGAGCAGUGAAGACUUCAGGUCCACAGUCUUUGAGCAACUGUACUCCAAAUCAUACAUAAAUAAGCGGAUUGCUCCUUUUUUUUUCAAAUCUUUUAAUUUAGAGGGAAAAAUAAUCUUUUUAAAAACUAUUUUAAAGUAUCCAAUGAGUUGUACUGUAAAUGUAUUAUGGUAAAAGCUUUUUUUUUUACUCAGUCUUACAAACUUUACAGUAAUGUCCCCUUCAUAAACACUCCACAUGCAGAUGAGAGCCGAGGCCUUACACAUACACACAAACAGCUAUUUAUGCAGGUCAUAUUUCUUAUAGUAAAUGAAUAAUGUGGAAUGUCCUCAAUAUCCAUAAUCUGCGAUAUUAUGCCAUAAAUUUGUGUCCUGAGUUAGACACUACUACCCAUCAUUUCACAGGUGCAUACCUAACGCAGAUUAUCAGGGGAGGUGGGGAGGGAUACACAUGAUUUAUGUGUUAAAACAAGUCCCCUGCGUUUUCCAUUACAACUAAUAAAGGAAUAAAAUAUUUCCACCUGGUGAUGGAUGAAGUGGCAUACACCUCACUGUCAGUUCAUUUUUUAAGCAAACCCACCGCUCUCCGGGUAAAUAAGAAUGUAUGUGUUCGCCAUCAGCUGCUAACCACUAACACUUUUUGGUUCGCGGAAGAUACCCUUAAUAACAUCAGUUUGAUUGAUGGUGGCCUCCCCGCGUCGGAAAUUCAGUAACUGUCAACUCAGGGGACUACAACGGCACUCUCACCUUUUCCUACACUCUGUUUGACUCAGCUUUUAUCACUCCAACAUCUCCUUUUAGGCGAUUUGCUGAGUUGGACAGUGGCAGUUAUGAGACCGCUUUUCAAGAACACAGAAAUAAGUUGGAGAAGGAUUUUAGUCGAGGAUGUAGAUUAGGUUGCUCCCUGAGGGCUUCCGUCCUGUUUGUUACCCUCUGUGUGUCUGUUUGUCAUUGCAUUCAUCUACGUGCGCUGCCUCCUGUAUAAUCUGCAACUGUGUCUACAUAUGUGUGCAUACGUUACUGAGCGCGCCUGCAGGCAUGCGCCGAGCUGUGAGUGUCUCCCUUUUUGCGUCCGCAGAUCUUACCUGCAGCCUGCGAGGUUGUCCCGUCCACGGUUCUGGUUUUCCAGCUCAUUGCCCUAUCUGGUCGGAACAGCCAUGUCAGCUCUGUGCUGGCGUGGGGGGCGUUUCCUGUCUGCGGACCGGGUCUUAAUCAUCUCCAAGGCAGGUGUGUCUAAACAGACAAAGUUAGCAUUCUGACCUGUGGGGUAAAUCUGCAGUUACAAGCAAAAUAAUCACACAUAAAUCAUACAUGUUUGUAAAAUGACCCUUAUCUGUUUGUUAUCAUUGACCCAGGUUCAAGACCCCUCUGCUCAGGGGGGAGCCCAACACACAAGUGAGCCGGUUUAAUGACAUUGAAGCUCUCAUCUCCUCUGAUCUAGAUCACUGGCUUUGCAACCUGUACUUUGAGGUGCGUAUCCUUUUAUAAAUGUGUAAAUAUUUAUGAUUUUGUGGAGGUAUAAGUUUAAAUUCUGAGGGUUAAAAUUGUGUGUGUGUGUGUGUGUUCAUUCAUCUCUCUCCUGACUCCGCCCAAAACCCCUUCCUGUAUUAUUUUGGGGGCAGGAUAGUAGAUCUACCGAGAUGAGGUCUAGAUUUUUGGAUUUUCUGUGAUAAAAAGCUUUAACGCAGAGAUUGAAAAAUUGGCCCCAGAGAGUAAACAAGAACCACAUCUAAACCCAGCGAAUCCGGAUGCAUUUGAGCUGAUGCAUUGAUUAGAUUAGUAAACAUCUUAAUUGAAUUAAAAAGCCAGAACAAAGCUCUCUGUCUGGGGUUUGCGUCUUUAUUCGUCCUUUCCAUUCUGACAUGCUGUUUGUAUUACUGCAUUAUCAUUACUAUGGGUUGCUUUGAUUUCUCAGGGAUGUAAACAGCUAUUUUCUUGCACUUAUCGUGGAAGUACAGCAGGUUCGGAUGUGCAAUAUUUAAUUUUAAUCUUAAUUAAAUUAUUUUUACCGUAAUGGCACCCUAUGAAAAAUACUAAUAGUUGGUUAUGUCUGCAGUUUAAUCACUUACACCUGUAGUGUAAUUACACAGACGUGCUGUUUUCCCACAAGCAGGGUUGAUGCAAUGGAAUUAUGUUCGUAAAGACUGCUUGUAAAAUUAGCAUUCAGAGGUUAUAUUAAUAUUCACUCAGCCCAGAUGUACAGCUUUGUUUGUUUGUUUGUUGUUUCUCAGAUAAAGAGGUUACCUUCUGGAGAGCCUUGUAUCGCCCUAUCAAUCCCCACUUCGAACCCCCAUCCUGAAGUCCAACAUGAUCAAUCCCAAUGCCAACUGCCACCCCAGCCUCAACCUCCGUCACAAACCCAGCUCCGUCCCCACUUCAUCCAUCACCAGUGCCAGUUUAACCCCCAACAGCAGCCGCACGUGGGUCCCAGCAGCCGAGCAGGAGAGCCUGCUGUGGUACACUCUCACCGGGGGUCUCCUCUCCACCUGUCAGCAGACUCUGCUUGCUCCUCCUCAUCUCUGCCAGGUAGGGGUUCAAUGUUAAAACCCCCCAACUAUGCCACAGUGGGGAGAAAAUGUCACCCUAAUGUCACCAGCUCUGGGAUGAGAAGACUGGCAGGCCUCACUUCCAGCAGUUCUGGAGCUGAAGUUGCUCGAGGGGAGGGUUGGGUGGGCCGAGCUUGACAGACAGACAGAAGUAACGACAAACAAAGCGUGUUUUCUCAAGUAGAUUAUAUGCAAAAACUUAACAGAUACACUGUAGCAUUCGUGUUAGCUCAAGCAAAUGUUUGAGCAAGCACGAAUGAAACUGAUAGACCCAGCCUUCAAUCGUAACAUAUCAAGAUGAAGCUUUUUGAUUUUAGUACCUCCACUUGAAUAAGUAAACAAAGUCUUUUCCGGUAUGAUGAGAUGAUAAAAAGUUUAAAAUGACACACUUAUGUAUGAAGACAUCCUGUAGCUUUACAGUAUAAACUUUAAAGCUCCUGUGAGGAGUUCAUCCAGUUAGUUUAAGUGCCUUAAAAAUGACAAGAGAAGGUAAAAAGUCAGUAAAGCUGCUGAAGAAAAAGCAUCGUUUUUACAUUUUCCACCUUUAAUUCCUCUGUAACCUUCAGUAAAACUUCUGCAUACAGUUUAAGCCUUAUGUGUUAUAUUAGUUUAGGAGGUAGAGCGGUCAUCCAAUAACUAAAAGGUUGGCGGUUCGAUUCCCCCUAUCCCGAGUCUGUCAGUUGUGUCCUUUGGCAAGACACUUAACCCACCUUGCUCCCAGUGUGUGUCCUCCACUGGUGUAUGAUUGUGUGAGUGACUACUAAGUUAGUUUACCACCACCAAGGUGUGACUGUGUGAGCGAAUGAAUGAUGUAUCCAAAGCGCUUUGAGGGUCUCUGAUAAAGUGCUAUAUGAAAUCUGAUGCAUUAUUAUUUUUAUUAUUAAUUUUAGGCAAAAAGGAAGGUGUUUCCCACUUGUUGUUGAUAAAAUGGGCAAUAAUUGGCAUCUAAAAUCGCUCCACCCAUCGCAUGUGAGUGAAACUCCCUCUUCUUUUUCCUCGUCACGUCAUAAAAGAGCUGUUUUCGUUUAUUCUCUCCAUUUUCUUUUUUAAUUUGAAGCAUCUCUUAACUUCUUUCAACACGUAUGAACACACACUCAGCUUGUCACAACAAUCAUGAAGCCUCCUGAAGUAGCAGCACAGUGAGAGACAGUCUUUUAAAGGAGGACUCGGUUAAAUAAAGAAAUUUAGCAACUGCAUAUGAUGUCAUAUUUCUGUAUUGAUAUGUUGUUCCUUGUCGGACUCUUAUGAAUUAUUCUGACGUGGUUGCCCUGCUUAUCUGGUGGUCUUGGCAAGGUGAUACUAUGAUUGUAACCACAUUGAGGGGCGGAUAAUGACUUCUGUUAAUACAAAUUUGGAUCCAUUUCCUUAUUUUGAAAUACUGCAAAGCUCUCACGUCAUCUCAAGUCCCAGCCAUUGCCAGGAAUCAAUUUCAGGCUCAUUUGGUAUUGAUCUACUACAAAGAGGACUGGCUAGCUCCUUUGUUAUUAAUACAUCCGCCUUUUUUUCCCUUUUCUUUUUUUUUCUUUUUUUUUUUUGCACACACAGCUCAUCUUUAUUUAACAGUCCUCAAAAGUUUCUGGGGUGCUCUGCUUUAAACAUCACACAGGCUUUUUAAUUACAAAUGAGUUGUGACAGGUCUGCUGGGUAGCACCCUGGCCCAUUUUAAACGUGAUGCCGGCUGACAGCUUGGCAGUGUUCUCCCAGCACUGAAACAUGUGGAAGAAAUUGGUCUUUUACAUUUCACAGCUUGUCGCUUCCUCCGCCGACUGACCUGUGACCCCCCACAGAGAUCCUAACGCCCACAAGGGAAGUGUCCCCAACGAACUGAGUGCAUUUCCAGAGAUGGAGGGAGAGAAAGAGGGAGGGUGGUGCUCACUUUGGGGGAUUUAUGUUUUGCCACACAAGGAAAAAUGUACUUGGUCUUGGCUCGCGCACAGACACGGACGCUGGCACACACACAUUCUUGUAGCCAGGUGAGAAGGUUGCUCUUGAAGUGAACCCGAUCUGUAAAAAUCGGAUCAAAAGGUGUCCCGCACAACACCUCAUCCAUGCCGAACCUUAAGCCGACCUGACGUUUGUGCCUCAUUUGCAUACAGAUCUGCUCAUUUUGCAUUACCUCUGGAGCGAAUUAUGGCAUUCAGAUGGGGAGAUUACGUCAAGGUUGAAGAGAGCGAUUGAACGGACAACUUUAACCCAGCCAAAAAUGGAAAUCCAAUUCAGCGAGGAGAAGAAGAACAAAUUAUGCCCUGUUCCAGAGUCCUCUGUCAAGUCUGGGGGUUUCAGACAUUUCCUUUCCAUUUCAUGCCUUUCUGUUUCUAAUGUGUGCCGUGCAGAGAAGGCUUUCUCUGCGCAUGUGGCGCCAGGAUUUUUCCUCAUUACCCGUUUGUCUCAGAAUCAGGACGAGUAUAUGGAGACCUCUUGUCAUUGCGAUAACACGCGCACACAGCAGAGCUUGACAGUGAGACGGGAAGUUUGUAUUCCUGAGGCCUGAAAAGUUAAUUAAUCCCCGAAGAAAAAUCAGGGUGUGCAGCAAGGUGUCUAUUACAGAACAAAAACCUGACAUCCCAAUCCAGUACCUCUGACAGGUUUCCAUCAAACAAAUCACAGGGUUUCAGAGCGGGCGUUGAUGUUUUUUGUCUUUCAGAUUGACUUGCUGUUGGUCGAUCAUAAUGCAGAUUUACCUCGCCUGAACCGUCCGAGCAUAAUGGAGAGAAUUUGGCUUUUUAACGUAGAGAUUAGCUAGAGGCGAACUGGGUUAAGUGACCUUUUACAUUAGCUGAAUGAUCCAGUUACAAUGGGUUUGUUUGAACCCGAAUGACUAAUUAGAUUAGUGUCUCGUUUCAUGAUCGCCUUUAGUGGAUCACUGUUAGCACGCAGAUGAUUCUGCCAUAACUGUAUCACUCUCUCUUUUUUUUUGUUAUUUUAUUUAUUUUUUACAAAUGCAUCGUAACAUCCAUCCCCCUGAGCACACAUGGUGAUUUCGAGGAUUCCUCAUCUAAUGUCUUCUUUGGAGCGCUGCCCUGCACUUUCAGGAUGUGCUCCCCUCCAGGCCGGUCCCAGUCAUCAGUGUUGCAAACCACAGUGUUACAUCAUCCCCGCUCAAUCAGUCGCACUCUGCAUCCCCACGAUUAACGCAACAAUGUCCGGAUUCCAAACGGAUGGACUCAAACCUUUGAAGCCUGUUUUGCGGGGAUACACAUGUAAACCCUCACCGCGGGUGUAGUAAACAAGCCUAAAGGACUGCACAUGGGGGACAAAUACGGACCAUAUGGGACAAACACACCCGAAGGUGACAAUGUCAUAGUCAGAAAAAGGGACACAAAUAUCUCAAACCAGCGAUAAGUGUGUUUCUGUCAUUAAAAAGUACAAUCAGAACAGAAAAACUCUGGUGUGAAGCGACACCAAAUACUUGCAGUCUCAUAGCAACCUUAACACAAAUCCCGACAUGGACUCAGGGGUAAUCCAUGAGUCACUGACCUUCAAUCCCUGUGUAACUUUGGACCAGUCAUCAGGCAAUUAGGGGCCUAGGUGAGCAAGAACCGCCAUCUCAGCCUGGUUGCAUCUCACCGCUAACACACUGAUGGGGUCUCGACAGAGUUACGGCCCUCAGGCUUCUCUCUUUCCUCGGUCUGUUUUUGUGUGUACACAGGAGGGAAGCGAGGUGUGCUGCAGUUAUGAGAUACACUCAUUUUUUUAUUUUUUAUUUUUCUACCCUAGAAAAUGUUUGUGCAUGUAUGCAAGAGUCUACAUAUUAAUGUGUUUGUUUGCAUGCCUGUCUGUCUGAGUCCGUGUGCGUGCAUGUGUGAGUGUUUGUGCUGUACUUAACUGAGCUCAGAACAGGGAGGGUGGGGGGGAUAACAAGGAGUUUGUUGUUGGCCUUGAGUGCCCGAAGAGGCUGGAGUUGUGGCAACUCCAGCGCUCCGAGUUCACAGACGUAGCCCUCAGCUGUCGAUGAUGUCGAAGCUGUCGAUGCUGCCUCCGCACUCAUUCUGGUUCCACAGCGUCUGUGCAUUAGCAAGCAGGGCCUGCUGUAAUGAGUGUGUGUGUGUGAGAGAGAGAGUGUGAAUGUGUGUGGUUGUGCUGUCUAAAAAAGCAUCUGAAUCCACGGUGGUAUGAGUCUGUAAAUGCAGGGUUGGUGGUGUUGUUGUUGACGAUGUAUCGAGGUGUGUGUGUGUGUGUGUGUGUGUGUGUGUGUGUGUGUGUGUGUGUGUGUGUGCUGAAGCAUCUGGCCAUAGGCUUCUUUGCACAGUCUCAGACUGUCUGCACAGCAACAAACACACUUUUCUGUAAUUAUUUUCUUAACUUAGAAUAUAAUAGCAAUGAACUUUUCAGACAAUAAAAAACAGUUUGAGAUGCUUCGAUAGAAAGGAAGAAUAUUCAGUCUGAAAAACAGUAAAAUACUGUCGGUGCUCCUUUUGUUUUGCACAUGAAAGUAUAAUUAAUCUUGAUUUCUUGAUGUAUCAUCAAUUCUUCAUGGAAAUCUUUUUCACAGCAAUUUAGGAUUGAGCUAAAAAUCUCGUCACCAUGUACAUGAGGUAGUUAACUGAUGCAGUUUGAUGUCAUAAAGUGGGGUAAAUUAAUUAUCUUGUAAUAUAAUGUUUUUAAAAAAGUGAAAUAUUUUUGAUUUAUCUUAUUCCUAGAACAGAAUGCAUCUAAACUUAUUACCUUAUCACUGUAGGCACUCCAAAUGUUUAUCCCAGCAAAGCGCUGGUAAUUAAAAACUACAUCUGUGUCAGGAUGAAAUCUGAUUUCAGACUGUUAAAAAUAGCAGUGAGCAUUCUCCUCCUGCUAUUUAAGUCAAUUUUAGCUGCCAGUAGGAUUCUUAUGUGCUGCCUAUAUUUAAGUCAUUAUUACUGGUAUAUUUAAUCCCGCAGCAAGAGUGAAAUUAUAUCAUCGCAGAGGUUUCCAUAUGUAUUAUAUAGAUGUGACUGGUUCCACAGGGGGGGAAAAAAAAGUUUCACAUAGUGAGAUUUUUACAUGUAUCAAGCUAAGGUUUACUUAAUUACAACCUCCAGGCAAUGCAGGAACCCUUUUUUAAAUUCUGUGAAUGUUAAUAUGCUAAAUAAUGCAGAUCUCCGACUCUUCAAGCAUGAGACACACAUCUGGCGGCUUACCAUUUAAAUUACAGCAAAAAAAAAAAAAAAAAAAGGAAAGAGAGAGAGAGUGAGACAGAUAGAGAGGAAAGAAAAAAAAGGGUUAGGAUGAAAAAAUACUUCAAAAGUAAUUUUCCCUGGAAGAGAAGAAUGGGAGAAUGUAUUACAACCAAACUUAAUUUCUUUUUCGAUUUUUCAUAAUUUCUAAUUGCAUACAUUACAGUGCUGAGGCUGAGAUUGUGGGAGACAGAGAUGACUGUGCAGUAGGAGCUCCAUUAGUUUAACACGAGGAAAAUCUGCCUUCGUUGCUCCUGCAGGUCUCCAGAUAGUAAACCAAAACAUCUUCACUACCUGCUUAGGAGAAGAGAAUCAAGAUAGGAGCAACACAUGCACUGUGUUCAAGAAUGCAAGGAGAUUUUUUUUGUCCUUUUGUCAACGUCAUAGUUUUUGUAGUUAAACUUCAUAUGAUUCAUUUAAAAAGACUGAAUCUGCUGUUUAUAAUCUUUCUGGUUGUGUGUAAGUUUCUGUCACAUUUGCACGCUUUUUCCCCCUGAAUGUCCAUUUUUUGCUGAUUUUGAAUAUUUAACAAUAACUCAAACAACUGUAUUCUCGUAAUCAUUUGGAUUUUUCUAAUAUAAAUAUUUCUAAACCACCCUUGAGCCUCAUUAUGAUUGCCAGAUGUGGUUAGCAAAAGAAAACAAACAUGAACCUUUCCUUCUUUUUCACACUCACUGCACAUAACUUCUCUGUUUGGGAUGCAGGCAAGAAUUCCUCCUCUGGAGCCAUUUCUGGAAACAUGGGCGAGAAGAGUGAUCCAUGCCGGGAGAAAGCGGAGGGUGGGAUUCACUACAAGGUAACACUGUGAUUUAAGGGAAAGUAUUCCCACCCUUGAAAUGAGCACCCUCUCUGCUCUCCCUUUCCCGCCCCUCUCUGCACCCCUACACACACCUCCCCGGCUUAUUAUCUGAGAUUUGUCAAAAUACAUUUCACACUAACAGGUAUUUUUCAGCCUUCAAAGCCAGUUUUGAUCUGCUUGACAAGCCAAAGCAGCUCAAAUUCUGUGAAAUCAGCAAAGCCAGCCAGGCCUCCCUUUUUUUUUUCUUCUCCAAGCCGCUCUCAACACGCCUCUUCCUGUGCUACAGAAGACUUAAGCUAAAUUAAUCAAAGCCUGCAUGUUACCUGCCAUACUUUGAAGUGGUAAUUGUAAAAUUACCCUGUGUGCUGAUCUGGCGUUGCUGCCUCGCGGUCCGCCCCUGCCAUUGAGCCUCGGCUGUUGGCCUUUUGUUGUUCGGAUGUUAUUGUUAAGGUAGUUUGAAGCCUAUGAACAAAACUCAGUCUGUCACAGCAAGUGUACACAUCCUCUCCUUCCGCCGCUCUCCUCCAAGUCUUUCGUCUUACUUGCCUCCUUCUGCUGACGUACAAGACCUUCCAUUAAUCAGCGAUGACCUGUUAAAUAAAUGAGAUUGUUGAUAUGAGGUUUUAUUUCUCGGCAGCCUCUAAAGACCGGCUUUUUUCCUCUCCUCUUGGCCCUUUCUUAAAACCUUGCUAACUCUGUCAAAUGUCGUGGUGUGGAACCCAGUUGUCUAAUGAUUAAGUGGAGUGAUCUCCAACCUGCCCCAGCCUGGGAGCGCUAGGGAUCAGAUUUCAACCCUUCAACCUGCAGUGCAGCCCUAAUUAAAAUGAAUUUUCUCCAGGCGACCACUUUGCCCACAGGGCAGGAAUCCAGCUAUAUACGGAAUCCACUCUUAAGGUAUUGCAUUAAAUUUAUUGUUGGGAGACACCGGAGAACAUUGCGGUUUAUAUAUCUCCUGCUUUUUUUUUUUUUUUUCUCUCCUUGCUUUCUCACCCGCUCCUUUCCACCUUUUUAUUGUGAUCAUCACUCUGGAAUCCAAGCUUGCUUUGGCAAAGAUUGCCCUAUGAAAACGGAUGGAGCUUUUAUGGGGCCCUGCCCAUUUACUACUUCCUGGGCCUAGUUUAUCUCAGAGGGAGAAACGGGGCGAGGGAGAAAUGGAGGAGAGGAAAAGAUGAAGAAGAAGAAAAAAAAAAAGAAGAAGAAAUGGAGAGAGGUAGAGUGAGACAGGGGGAGAAGAAAGAGAGGGGUUGCUUAUUCCAACUGUGGAUCUCAUUAACAUACAUCAGCGAGUAUUUCACAACUUCAAGCAGGAAGGCACUAAGCCCACCCAAGGGCAACACAGGCAGGGCUGACAGGGCCAGGGAAAGCAAGCCGUUAACAUGUUGGCGGCUUAACAAAUAAUAUCUGCUCCCAAGUACCUCGGUGAAAUAUUUAAAACCCCACUUCCUAACUCCAUUUGACUGUGUUUAUGACGAUGACAGUAAACGACUUGUGUGGAAAAAAACAGUGCCAGCUGCUCAAAUAUCACAUAUUUAACACCGCACUCACUGUACUGCAUGUUCCCCAAAUGAACUCGCCUUGAAUGAUGGCGUGCCGUAUGCGAUUUCGCCGUCGUUCUUGUCUUGUGUCAAUUGAGGCGCGGUUGAGAUAUAGGAGAGGCUCCAAAGUGCCACGCACACUGUCACUGUCACCGUGUGCAUCCCCCAAGAUAAAUUCAGAGGCCUGUUUCCUGCUUUGAUUACAAAUGACAUCCGCAUGUGUUCUCCCCGAUUUCUGCUCCUCACAGAAGAAGCCAAUCAAGAAGACAAAUAGCUGCGGCCCCAGCAUGAGCGGCAGCAGCGCACCGCCACGGCAGGCAGACAAACAGAAGAUGCAGAACCUCUCCGCGGAGGAGAUGGAGGAGUAUACAUUCUCCCUACAGUAAGUCUCACCACUCAUUAUCCUGCCUCAGCCUCACAACAUUCAGAUGUGGAGAGAGAGAGGGGGGAAAAAAAAAAAAAGAAAAACGCGAGUGACAACUGGUUUGUGUGCCUCACAGACAGUGAUGUGUGCAGACAACAAAAUGUGCCUUGAACACCUCUCAUCCAGAUAGAGAUACAGCCGGAGAUACAGUAGUCAAAUGUGUUUCAGGGGAAAUCCUAACUAAAUGAGUUUACGGCUGCUAUAACUUUAAUCUUGUACGGCUCACUUGUAAUUUGUCAACAUAAACAAGUCACAGGCAAAGUAAUUCGCGGGGCCUCAUAGCUUAAUUUGCUCUGAAAAAUCAGCCCCUCAUCACGUUUGAGGACUUUGUGAGAGUUUCGCAACAACCUUUAAUCUCAUCUAUGAGUAAUUUGACAUCUUUAUCAAAUCUGAGUUUUCAGCAUCUGCAUUUUUUCGACCGCAAUCUCCAUGAUAAUGCGGAAAAAAAAGCGAAUUGCACCUUAAAAUUUAACAGUUUGGUGAGAAAACAGCCUGUUUUUAUUUAGAGUAAUUCGGUUUUAACAAUAUUACUUUUUUGCAGCCAAACCAAACAUUGCUCAAUCCAUUAUGUCACCAUGUGGCGUGUUCGUUUCCCACUCCUCUGCAUAGCGAAAUGCAACAAAAGAGCUUUGGAAAAAAGAAAAAAAAAAGAAAAAGGUUUUUCCUCUUCACUGUGGCUUACAGCAUUUGAUUUUAAUGAGAAAACUGGGAUGAAUGAAAUAUAAACAAAGCAGGAAGCAGUGAAUUUUCAAACACCAUGGCCAAAUGUGUUAAAAGCAGUGAUGUGCAGCACUGUAUGCCCAUAGAGCAUCAAAAUAGGCUAAAAGCAAAAUUGCUUAUUUCAACAAAAAAGUCACAGGUAUUUGUUUUUAUUUGAACGUCAAGUAAAUUAAGGGGAGGGGAUCAGCACACACACUGCUACACUAGGGGGGAGAGGGAGACACACUGAGAGAGAGAGAGGAAGAGAGGGAGUGUAUGAGUGUAAGAGAGAGAAAGAGAACUCUCCCUGGAGAUUUAAAAGUACCCAUGUUUCCUCAUUUGUGGGAGUUGGUAAUUUAUAGCUGCUGGUCACAUAUUAAACAAGAUCAGAGACUACUCCCUGACAUCUUCUGAGCAUACUGGGGGAAUUCAAAUGAUUACCAGCGUAUCCUGCCAACAAAUGACGACACAGGGACUAUCUGGAGGGAGAGUGAAUACAAAACGAACACAGAAACCCGGGCAGGCUGCGCACAAAGGGACACAAUUAAAUGGUUUUCACGAUUAUUCAUAGUGCCGCUUUUUUACCUCUGAGCACUCGCAGGGUUCGGUGAGAUGAGACGUUUCUGUCAGUUAUGGGUACGGAUUGUAUUGAGCCGGAGCCCUGGCGGUUCCCUGAUGCCCUGUGAAGGUGCUGCUGCUAUUGAUUUCAUCUUUACCAGCACACACAUUACAGUAUCUCUGAGCUAAAGGCAUCUUCUUUUUUUUUUUUUUUUGCCCUCGCAUAAUCAGAGCAUUAGAGAGAUGCAGUGCCAGUGUUGGCUUCCAGAAUAAAGUUAAAGACACUGAAAUCACAGAGUCAUCCCCUCACCCGGCUCCCCCACUGUGCUGUUUGACUUACUCUGGGCUCCUCUACAUCACCUGAGGAUGCAGACCAAAGGGAUUGUUUACAGAUUUCGUAUUUUUGUUGCCGUAAUGAUGUCAUCUCCAUCUCUUCUGGCAUUUUUAGAAGCUCUGUUUGUGUCUUUUUGCGAGUGUGUUUAUGUGCAUGUGUGUGGGAGUGUGUUUGUGUUUUAUACGUGCAUCAUUUCUUGACUCUGUCUGUGUACAGUACGUGUGCGCCUGAAUCUCUGUGUGUGUGUAUAUAUACAUGUAUUUUAUGUGGGAUGAGGAUUCCUGCUGCAGUGAUUGAGGGAUAUUACUGCCAUCUAUUGAGCCACGAGAGACUGAGCUCAUUGAGAUUUUUAUAGGGCGUCCCGACACAAAUGUGCAAAUCAGAUGCUCAUGCAUUAUUGAGGGAACACUUACAAACCGUAAGAUUGAGUUUGGAAAGUCGGAGGAUCCCUACACAAAGCUUCCAUUGACAGAAUGUCUCAAUUCAGACAACUUUAUUCCUUAAAUAAAAUAAUUUUUCAGCCAUAUUUAUCCAGUGGAAUAGAGCAGAUCAGAUAUUUCAGAACUCCACAGUCUGUACAAUUGCAUGUUUUUGCAGGCUCUGGCUGCAAGUGGGAGCUAAAGCAUAGAUUCAUGAUUUAAGAAAAAAAAACAAACUAAUAUUUGAAAUGAAUUUUUAGAUGUGGAAAAUUAGUGUGUUUAAAGGAACUAAAGUCAGUCUCUAAUCAGUAUCACCUCCUAUUUUUAAAAGCCUACCUUAUCCAUUCAGACCAGCACAACUACUCCUUAGAAAUACGUCAUCUAGACCCUGAUUGGGCCUCUUUUACCAAUAAUUAUAUUCAGAAUUAAUAAUUCUAGCAUUUAAAGUGUAGAUUUUAGCUCUUUCUUUGUCAGUGUUUUUGAUUUAUUUUCUGGUUUGAAACCUUGAAAGCACUAAAAAAAAAAAAAAAAAUGGACUCAUAAUAUUGGUUAAAUUACUAUAAACAUAUACUGCACAUAUUGACAGUUGUAAGUCAAUGAAAAAGGACUGAGAAAAACAGUCCAGGAAUGAUUCUCCUCCUUUCCUCCUUUUUUUGUUUUGAGUUCAAAUGCUGCUGCUCUCUGUUUGAACACGCCUGAGAGACUCCUGCCGACCUUCCCGUUUUAUUGAUGUCUAUAAGUGCAAACUUAACCACCUUUUUCUCUCUCACAGAACAGCUCUGAAUGAAAUCAAAGCAUCUGACUCAACUUGAAAGGACCAGUUUAAGACUUUGCACACACUCAGCUUAGUAGAUAUUAUGUUACUGUUGCUAAAGCUUUACAUCCUAUUUUCCAUUUUAACUUUUAAAAAGUUUAAUUCUUCACUAAAAGUUGAUGCUUCAGAAUAAAAUGUUAUUUUGACUGCCACUGACUCAGGUUUUCUUGCAUCUACGAUUAUUGCAAACAACCCUCUCACCAAUGUCACCGACUAUUUUUCUACCUUGGUUUUGAAGAGAGGAACCUGUUUUAAUCAAAGUCAUUCUCACAUAGCAAUUAGAUCUAAUUAGUCCAAUUAUCAAGAUUCUAAUUACAUUGAAAUAUACCCCCUAAAUCUCAUAUCAAUUAUAGUAUGUGUGACUUGUCCUGAUCAGGAGACAUGAAAAAAAAGAGAGAGAAAGAGAGAGAGACAGUGCAAAGACAAAGCUGGGUGGGAGGUAGAGUAGGAGAGCACCCAACUACUCCGGAGGCCAAAUGACAGCAGAACUGACUCCAUCUGUCCCCAAAGCUUUUAUUCCGGAAGUCUGCGUGGCCAUUUGGGAAUAAAUGCCACUUUUACUUUCUCUUUUUCUCGUCUGAACUAUUUUUUUUUAACAAAGAUGAUUUUAAGAUUAGACACUACCACCUUCUUUUUUCCACUGGAUUAGCAACGAACAAAAAAAGUUUUAGCAUCCGUCUUACACUCUGCUAUGGAUAAGUACGUGAAAAAGAGUUUUCAUCCCUGUUUUAAUCAAAUAACCAAACAAAUCGGGACACUAAAAUGCACACAAACAUUCACAGACCUGCACACUGUGAUAUCAUAGUGGUGAAGAGCAGCACUGUAGGUGCACCCACAAAACACACAUGCACAGACACACAUGCACACAUGCACAGCCUGUUCUUGUUGUGGAGUCAGAGGGAACACACUGACCUAAUUUCCCCCAGUUAGCUCGCCUCGUUGGGGACCAACAAUCCUCUCCGCCCGUUUCCCCCAACUGAGCCUAUCAGAGCACUCACUCACGGUGUCUCUGCAUCCCUGUCUUUCUGUGCCCUCCAUCUGUUUGACUUAGUACACAUGCUCAAACGUGAGAUAAGCAGUUUCAUGUAAAGCGAAUCUGCAACAUGUAAUAUGUGCAAUAGUACGGCAGAGCUCUACCAUAGGGAGACAUAGAAGUAAAUCUGCACGAAAGACAGAGAUGGACAAAUAAAAACACCUGAAAUAACAACUAGUUCCAGGCUGUCAAUCCUUGCACACUGCAGCUCUGAAUCACAACUCAGUGCAAGGGUCAAUCAAUUCUGAUGUAAUGCUGGUAGGAGAGGUGGGUGGAGAUGGCAGUGCUGUUCACCUCUGGGUCUCUAGUGCUUUCCAGGGCUCUUUCCUGUGCUGAGGGGGCAGGAAUGUGUCUACGUGAGUGUGUGCGUGCGCGUGUGCGUGCGUGCAUGCAUGUGUGAAAGAGAGGCCCCUGGCUAACCGCGGCCCGAGUGCACAUGUUAGGGUUUUCUGUGGCCAGACGCGCCCUGGGUCACUCUGGAUCUCGUAGACGCACACACACACAAUCAACGUGCCGCUUCCGUUAUGGAAAUCAGAGCUGUCAGUUUCCUGACAGGCUAAUGUUGCGAUAUGAUUGGUUAAUCUGCAGUGAUGUGGGUGUCAGUCAGAGCUGACUGCGGUCCCAUUGGUGGUCUGGGUCAAAUGAACGUGUUUCCCACAGACACGUCAGAGAGGGCGAAGGGAGGGCUGAUCAGAUUGAGAGGGAAUGACAGGAGCUAUAUGUGAGAGCGUAUGAGUGAUUGCGUGUGAUCCAUGCAGGAGAGAGAGAGAGCGAGUGUUUGUGUGCGAGAGGAAGAAAUAGAGCGAGGCCAGAGGUGACACUUCCCUCACGCUCUUCUUUUUUUCAUCUGUAAUCAUUCGCUCUCCAGUCUGACAGAAACAUCUAAAAAAGAUGGUGUAAGUCAACAAACAAAUCCCAAAGAACUUAGAAGUGGAGUUUUACACGCAGAUACAUGUUAGCUAAUGCACUGCAGCACAAACAUUCGCUAAUGCACUGCACCCUGUGCAAAUAAAUAUGAACUUUUAGAAAAAUAGCGCUGACAGGCAGCUCUAAUAAUAUAACUGACAAGUUGUAGACGUAGAUGUAAUCAGAUUUGGAUCCUCGAUGAAGCGUUUGUGUUUGUGUGGGCAUGACGUCAUCAUCAUCUGUGCUUAUUUUAACCACAGCGAGUUUAGAAAAAGAGAGCGCCUGAUUGAUAAUUGGUCGGUCACUGCAUUAGUAUUAUUAGUUAUCAUUCACCAAACUGAACACAUGGGAUCUCAAAGAAGUGAUUUUAAAGCCACAGAUGCCUCUUCUUUUUGGGAAAACCUGUUAACUCAUGUUGUUUUUCCUCUUCGCACACAUACAUGUUACACAUGUUCAUUGUGACUCAAAAUGAUUUCCUCUCUCCCUCUAACUUCAUCCUGUUAAUUCUGUCUUUAUCUCACUUUCUCUGCCUCUAAUUUUCUCCAUCUUUCUCUCCAUCCUCUCCUCAUUUUCUCUCUGUUUCUAUCUCUCUGGUGACAAUGUCCUGCAGUUAUGAGGCAAGGUCAGAGAAGUGAAAUCCAUUUAAAUACUGAUGCAACUCUCUGGAGGCUCGUACUCAGCCUCCGCUGCACUCCUCCCUCUACGCCUCACCCAAAUUGAUGAAUGGAUAGAUAUCCUCAGAACAUGGAUUAUUUGUUGUGCAUUAAUCAUUUGAUGGAUUACACAUUUAUUGGCACCACGUUUAGUCUAUUUUUUCACUGACCCCUCGAAAAAUUUUAUGGGGAAAAAAACAGCUUGUACUUCAUUACUGGUAGCUGUUGUAGCUGUGUGUGUGAGAGAGCCUGGGAAGCCCCUGUGUGUUUGUUGAUCCCAGGUGCAUUUGCAUUUGAAAUGUUUCCACCCUAGUUUAUGGCGCUCCAAGGGACCUGCCAUUUCCAUGUUUUAAUCCCUUCUCGUGCUAAGUCAGGCGCUCCAUAAAAACGCCACAUGUUGCAUGGCAAUGAAACGGCUACCUCACGUAUGCAUCUAAACUAUUCCAAGGUGUGUGGGGAGGCCAAAGUAUGCUUUUUGCAGGAGGGGUUUGUUUGGCUAUUGCAGAAGUCAUAUUAUCACCACAGAUUGUAUAAAACACGGAGGCGGUCUUGAUUUCUGGAAAGGUGUUGUGCGCAGAGAUGUGUGGAAAUGCUGACUCCUACAAACUUUUGGCCGAUGUAGGAACAGAAAAAUGUGCAGAACUUUUGUGCUCACCUGUCACUUGCAGCAGCCAAUAGGGUAUCCUUGGUUAAAGAUAGAGUGAGCAUUCAGUUUAAUUAAAGGGAUAUUCCGGCAUAAAAUUAAUUCAGGGUCAAACACACCGACUUAGACCCCCCUUCGAGAGAUGAUUGUUGCCAACCGCUUGCUUCUCUAGACACAGCGGUCUUAGGAGCUAUAUCAUAAAUGAUCUUCCUUGAGCUGCGUCACCCCGCUGCAGUCCAUAAUGGACAGGCCCGAGGUCUCGCUACAAACAAGCGGCUGCUGGAAGAGAGUCGGUGAGUUGUGUUUAGUCUCUUUGCUAAAGAAAUUCGGCAAAGUUCAAAAGAUGUUUGGUGGCUAGUACUAUGGCUAGAACCCCAUAUGUACUGUUGAUGAAGUUAGGUGCUGUUCUGAGCAUUAUUUGUGGCUAUAGAGUGGCGUUGAUAUAACUAGAGAAGCAAGCGGUUAUUCGUCUCUCGUGGGCUGUCUAACUUGGUGUUACGGUGUGUUUGACCCUAAAUUAAUUUUACACCGGAAUAUCCCUUUAAGGACUGUAUAACACUACAUCCACUUUUACUGAUCAGAAUCCAAAUUAACAAUUUAUUAUAUCUGAUUGAUUACAAAUAAAUCAGCCCAUAGUCAUUUCCUCCAAAUAGCUCUCUGGUCUGAAUUUAGUUUCCUAUCUAAAACACUUCUUUUCAGUCUGAAGCUUAAUUUUAAAUUUAAUACAAUGUAAUUUAAUAUUUACAUAACAUUUAUAUCCACUUAUGAUUUUGUGAAAGCAUUACAACUCAACUGCAGCAGCACAAAGCUCCUGUAGCCUUUUCCAUUGCUCGCCUGCCAUGGGAGACCCUCCCUUGCAUUGUAAAAAUGAGACCCAGCCAUUAGUCAAACAUGAAUUCCUAAUUAAGUGGAACAUAUUUUUUAAUGCUUUUGAUUAUGCUCCUCACUGCUCCCUGUCAGCUGCAAAUAAUUCUGAUAAUUUGGUGGUGCAUCGUUAUACUAUUUUAAUUAUACAAUGAUGAUUCCCAGCUCCACAGCUGAGUCACACAUCCAUAAUUCUACUUUAACUACAUCCCAAAUACCUGCCACUGUGCUCCCGUUAUGUCGAUGAAACCAAUUUAUGUGCAUUUCACUUUGCCUGGGUCUCUGUUAAAAAUCUUUAUGAAGCCUCCGAAUGAUGAGAUAAUUGUUCCUGGAACAAACAAAAUUUAAGAGCCGAGAAACAGAAAGAAGGAGCAGAAAAGUUAAAUCAGAAGCAGAUUUGUGUUUUUUGGGGACUAUUUUUAAGCAUAAAUAAAACUUCUCUCGAGAUGAUAUAAAAAUGACUCAAUUAUCCAAAGGCCUUGCAGGCAUAUUGUGCUGCUCUGUUCAACUUGUUUCUAUACGCACACACACAGACACACACGCACAUGCACACGCACUCAAGGUGCUUUGGAAAAUGAUACCAGCUUAGUAACCAAUAAUUAUCAUUUAAUACAUCUUGUGGGAGUGAGUGUCUUUGUAAUUUCCACUUUGUGAAGUUUCAUAGCUUCCUGCUGUAUAUUUUUCCUGCUUGUGCAAAGCUCUGCAUUUUGAAAACCAUUACUUCAGUGUUUGUGUUUCUGCAUGUGUGCAGUUAAUAGCUACUAAAAGCAAAAUAUGACUAUUGUGGGAAUUAAACUAGCAUCUGGACGUUUAGUAAACUCGGCUUAAUGUGCAUACAGGAUGUAUUUGUUCAUGUUUAUGUGCACCUUGUCUUUGCACAGGAGCUCCUACAUAUAAAUAGUAUAGAGAAAAAUCCUGAAGUCAUUUACGCUGAGAAGAUGUGCAGUUUAGGGGGGUCCUGAUACAACUUUUUUUUAACUUCCGAUACAAUAUUGUAGCCUUCAAUAUUGACCAACGCCGAUAUUGAUCCGAUAUUGGCACAAAACUGUGCAUGACAAGUUUUUCACUCAGCUGCAACGUCUUUUUCGGGCUUAGACAAAAAAUACUGCCACAAGGCCAAUAUCACUCUUACUCUUUGCUACUUUGUUAGUUUUGAGUACACACUGUUGUUGUGAUUUUGUGCGCACAGCUUGCUGGAUCUGUGCGCUCUUCGAUAGAGGUGCCGGAGUGGAGUCUGGAAUGGACUGCUUGUAUCGGAGUGCUCAUAUCGGAGAUUUUAGAUGCAGGCCGAUAAAAUCUGAUAGUCGUUUUUUUGCAGAUAUUGGGUCGAUAGCCAAUAUGAAUAAGUCUGUGGCUCAGUGGUAGAGUUGGUCAACUGUCAGUCAAAAGGUCAGGGUUCAAUCCCAGGUCCCUGGAUUCACAUAUGGAGGUGUCUUCAUGUUAAUAUCUGCAUAUGUACGUACAUGCGGAAGCAAACAAGACCAUCAGUGAUAAGCUUGACAAUUUUUAAUGUCUGAAACUGGUGUGGGGGGGAGCUGAGUGUCACCUGUCAGUAGGAUGAGAUUACGUAAAUACAUAGAAGACAAGAUAGAGUUAAAGCUUUCUCCACAGGGGGCGCCAAAGUUGGCACGAACACAAAGUUGGUUUUGAGCACAGAUACUCUCUUGAUCCAAAGCAAACAAAUUAUCGGCAUUCUUAAAAAUGAAAUGUUGACAAAGACAUGGUAUCUCUUGACACCUGAGAUAAUCACACUUCCAUAAUCACCACAGCACUUCUGCAUCUGAGCCACAAACAAAACAAUCACAUUAUCUGUCAAUCUCUUAAGUCUGUUUCCACUCUGUGUCUCUCUGCUGUCUUUAUUUCCCUAACACCACACCAUCCUUGGACAGUGUGGGAAAAAGACGUGUGCUUUUAGUGCUUUUAUAGACAAUGCCCCUGGCCCAAAUAAGAAAGUGACAGAAAAAAACAACUUAAUCCCCCCAAAAUAAAGGGAUAAGACCAGUGCUUUAAGUGGCCUAAGUCUUGGGGGUUUAAGCCAUCGGGGCCUUGCAAAAGGAUUCUGAGGGUUACCUUCACCCUCCUUGGCCCCGGAGCCUUCUCAUCAUAAAUCUGCUCUUUAAAAUAUAACACUCCUCUCCUCCUCCUCCUGCUCUUCUAUCUCUUAUUACCCACGCUGUUUUAAAGGUUUAAUACUUGUCCAUACUUGCGUUUCACUCUGUGCUAUUUUUAAGAGUGGAACUGCUCUUUGUUGUCAUGCCUUACAAUAUUUAGGAACACAGCUGAAAGAAAAGGUCUGUGAGGUAAUUCCUGCUCCGACUGUUGACAGAUUUACGCAACUUAAAUUUGAUUUACAGGUAUUGACGCUCAGCGGUAAGAUUCGGGGGGGGGGAUGAUGAGUCUUUUGCAGUUUGCUUUGACGGCAUGGGAAUGAACAACAAAUGCAUCAAAACUGAGAUAAUGAGUGAACAGCUUCUGGCCCAGAUUUCACAGAAUCAUAUAAAGUACAAUUAAAAUUUAGUUCUAUGUGCCAAAUUCUGCCUGUUUAAGCGGCUAGUUUUAACUCGAGCCUGCUACGCCACAUGCUAUCAGUCGUUCAAGGGACAAGCUGUGAUAUUGAAAUGAAACAUCCUUCCUUCCUGCAAGAUAAAAAGCCCACACCUCCACCCCCUGCCUUCCCCUCUCUUUCUGCACUGUACUUUUGUAAUUGGAGGUGCCAUAAUGAAAUCAAUUCAGUGGUGAGAACAGAUUUCACAUCAUGUUAUGAGUUUGCUUUGGAAGCAGCCGCCACAUGAAGACGUCUAAAAAUAUCCCUCUUUCAUGCAUCAUCAAUAUCUUCAUUACAUGAAAGAUGGGCGUCAGGUUGUAUUUGCUGUUUUCGUUUAAUGUCACUUGACAGGGUAGCAUCUUGCCUGUGUCUGUGACACACUGCUGUUUUGUCUACUCUGUAAUUCCACUUUUGCAGACAUGCGGAAAGCAGUUUUUUAAACCACACUGUGAAGCAAGUCGCGAUAAAGCUUGGAACAGAAAUAAAGCGCUUUUGUCAAAUCAAAGUCACAAUAGCGAAGCAGAGACACACAUUGCUCUUACAUUAUCAUCUUUUUGUUUGCGUUACACUUCAAAUCUCGGACAAACACACACUUGACACUGGGAUUGCACACUUUUCAAUGUGAAGUCACAGCAGAAAUGCUCUUCAUUGUAGUGACCUGAAAAGCUGACAUAUUAUGUCAUGUGUGGCUGUUUUGCAUCAUGUAGCUCUUGUAUUUCAAAGAUGCACGCUAUUAUGGGACCUGCCACCACACAUCACGCAAAUAGUAGGGCGCAAAAAAAGGAACAGUUAAUGGUACACUCAAUUUACAUUUAAGAAAACAUAAUUAAACAGAUGAUGCAAUGAUAUUUGGCCACGUUGUCACACUGCAUUUUUCGUUUUUCCUGCAGCUCACUGACCUCAAACAGGAAAUAUAUUGUGGUUUCAAAUCUUAACAACAGUACCGACUGCUAACUGACUUUUAUAGCAGAUGUUUAUUCUCUGCCCCUGUUUAUUUCAAAGCUAUGAAUAUUUAUCAGCCCAAACUGUUGACUGAGCAUUUUCUGAAUGAAUCUCAAGCUCUCCCACGUGUACAGUACUCUACACCGCAGCUCUGGUGUGCAUCCACUGAGGAACUUGAUAACUUCAAAUAAUUUAACACUUCAGAGAGCGAGCCCACCUCGCAGCCGCAGCAGCAAGGAUGAUCUCUUUUUGUCUGUGACUUCUGUGGAAAAAGAUAGAACGCUGCAUUUUGAUGUAAGUCUAGCCUAAUUAUUAUUUGGUGUUAGUGGAGGGGGGCAAUACAAUUGAUUCUGUUUUUUUUUUUCUUCUUCUUCUCAUUAUUCGUCUUUAGGCGUUGUACCGUUUUCCCAAGACACACACUACAAAGUGAAUUCCUACUGUGUUCUGGGACAUAGUGGUGAGACACAGGGAUGUCCACAGGCAAAGGCCCUAAGUUACACUCUGUGAUGCUAACCAUCGCUGUAUACGUUUACUUUAGCCACGUGCUAAUUACAGUCAUCCAGACGAUAGGGGUCAUCGGGGUCUGCUAUUGUUGACACGUUCAAACUUUAAUAAAUGGAUGUUUUAACUUUUAUCUACACAUUGAAUUCCUGUCCACAAAGACGCACAUCAUACAGUGUUGUCCUCUUCUCUCCUCUCCUCUCCUCCUCUCCUCUCCUCUCCUCCAUCUGUGCCCCCUAUAUGAAAGGGAAUAGUUGAGCAGGCCCGACAAAGGGCGGCACAGAGGAGGCAGAGGUGCUGAGGGAGUCUGAGCACUGCUGGAAGGGAUUUCUUUCUGUUUGUGUGUGUGUGAGUGUGAAAGCAUAUUCUGUGCUUGGAAGAUUUGAAUAGUGCAUUGGAGAAAUACAGGUGUAAUAAACGGGUAAGAAACUCGAUUAAUCUGAUGAAAGCAUGCAUGUGAGUACAAACAGCAGUGAGGUACACAUUACAAAAUAAUCAGGGCGUUUGUGGGCUUGAUUCCCUUCAAACAAGAGUCGAAAAAGACUCAGAAGUUUUGCAGUUUUGGUGUCAUGUGGAAGUAAAGGGAGCACAACGACACAGCCAUGGCAACAGUUAAUGUAGUAUUAUGUUGCAACAUGAUUUUAUACCCUAGGAUUUGAUAUGAUACAAUAUGACAAGAUGUGGUUCAAUACAAUACACAAGGCUGCAAUUCAAUAAUUCACAGUAGAGGAAUACACGUUAUCAUCCUUGGAGCCACAUUUUUCAUUGAUAUCAUAUUUAGUCUCUAUAUACAGUGAUAUUUAAAGCUCCUGUGUGGUCAAAGCAGUUUCUCCUUUACAUUAGGGCUGGGUCGUUAUGCUUUUCCCCCAAUUCGAUUCUUCUACGACUUUUUUGGACGCCGAUUUGAUUUAAAUUGCAAUUCAACGAUAUUGUUGAUUUUUAGUCUGCAUUUUUAACACCAGUGAAACAGCUGAAUGAUUAUGAUUGUCUUCUGACUAUUCCAGGAACUGUAUUUCCCCCAAAAAUACACAUCAAAUGAUAGUGAGUUUUUAAGAUUUAUUCUUAAAAUUGAAAAAAAAAAACAAUUUUUGAACAUAAAAAUCGAUUUUAAAAAUUGUAAAACAAAAAAUCCCAAUACUUAUGUGAAUCGAUUUUUGUCUCCCACCCCUGCUCUACAUGCUUAAGAAUUGUCUUUUAUAGCAAAAUCUCAGUAUCCUGCUGACUGAUUACAAACAAAUAUAUUAUUUGUAGUAAAUAUUUUAUGCAGAUGUUUUAAAACAGACAUUUCUUCUGCUGCUCUGCUGACAACUACCCCUUCGUAUUGGUUUCAGGCAUUAAAAAUUAUGAUAAAGAAAUGGUCAGUCUUGUUGCUAAGGGUCUUGUUUGCUUUUGAGUAACAUGUAAGGACAACAAAAUCAAUUUCAGUCUAUUUCAUAAAUGCCAAAAAUCUUCUCAAAGGAGCUUUAACUUUUAAAACAUUUAAUUUUCUGAGCAAAAAAUGAGCAAAAAAAAAAGUAGUGAUGUCUUAAUGGUGGAUCCUGUUCCUUUCUGUCUGAAUACAGGUCAGCGUUGACUGGACCAGACACUCGCCCUUCACGCCUUUCGGACCGAGCCCGCAUGGCCCUCCGCAUGCUGCCGUCCGAGCUGGGCCUACCGUUGCCUCGGCAACAACAGCCGCAUAGAAGCUGGCGUAGCUCCGUUGAGCAGCUCGGCCUCAUUAUGCUGCUGCUGGCUUUGAUGUGGUUUGUGAGGCUCUACCUGCAUUACUGCAGCCAGUGGCUCUACCUCCAGGCCAUCGCAGUUCCUGUCAACAAGUGAGUUUGCUUCCUUUGAUAUCGCCUUGAACACACACACACACACACACACAUGCACACAUACAUGCAUGAGGGUUGAGGGAGUGUACACAUGCACACACACACACACACACCGAGCACAUCAUCAACACUUAUUGUGUACACACACACAUAGUUGCUGACAUAAAUCCCUUUACAUAGACGCUGAUACCUUCGUAGAUUACUGAGGCACAUAGGCAAAUUGCAGACAUACACACUCACCUACACACCCCACAACAGGCACACAAAUGCAAAGUAAGACUGUGGAGGUAGUAACAAUGGAAGUGCAGUGUUUGAAAACGUGUGUGUUGGCAAAACAUGCGCACGCACACCAUAUACGCCCAAAUCAUCUGCUUGGAAUCCCCCCAUUAACAUUUUAACAAGACACACUCAAUAUUAACAAAGCAUUGCUGGGGGAGUUUGUUGAUUUCAGCACUUGGCUUAAGGUCCCAAAAGGCUACAUUAUUUGGAAGGAAUUUAUUGUUAUUAUUUGGUGCACAGCAUUGAUCAUAAACAGCAAUAAGAUACCACAGAACUGUUAAAUCUCAUCUCAAUAGCAUAUGGUGCUGAUUUAACUCCGCACAAUAAAACCUGCUGGCUGCAAACAUGCACACGAGCAGGUUUUUAUUACAAUAACAUAGGGGUUGCAAACAUCACGCAUUAAAUCAUGGAAACUGAUCGAGAAAGGAGGGAGGGAAAAAUGCGGCUGAAUUUAUUAGAAAAAAAAGAAAAGAAGAAGAAUGGACUGAGGGGCUGAAGAGGAGGUGAAAAAAACAAAAUGUGAAAACAGAGGGGGUCAACAUCAGAUGACAACUUCCACAUGUCCGAAUCGCCUGCUCUCCCUCCGAGCAUUUCUCUCUCCACGCAGUGUCCAGAGCUGGUGGUGGCCAGAGAGAGCGAGAGAGAGAGAGAGAGCAAGAGAAAGAGAGAGAGACCUGGUGACAUUCAGAGCGGUCAGUGUGGUGACAUGCCUCCCUCCCUUCUUGUGUAUAUCUCACUUUCUCUCUCUCUCUCACUUGUUUCUUACAUUAUAUAAUUAAUUGUGCAUUUGCAUGAUCAGGUUUGCUUUAUUACGAUGAAUUACAGGUGCAUUACUGCUUUUUCUCAAAUCUAAUCCAUCAUAUUAGAGCGUUUCUCAUCAGAAUAUUAAAGCUGCUGUGAGCGACUUUUGGUUUGUGCAGAUUUUGGCGCCCCCUGUAGGCAAAGAUUGCUGAUUUGGACCCUGGGACUGUGGAGCAGUGCUGAAGCCAGUUUGGGGUCAAUGUUGGCGUGUUAAUGCGAGAAAAAAAUCAACCUCCAGCCUCCCCAUCACCUUGGUACCCUAGUCUGAUUUUGCGAAAUUCAAUCAGUGCAGUUUCAGUCAGACUAACAUGUUUACGUGAAUUUAAAAGUUCAGUUAUAGCCUGAAUAGUGCAAUAAAUAUUUAUUAUUUGCUGGCUGUGAAUUUUUGCAGAUAAAAAUGUGCAGAAAGGCAGUUUCUCCUGGUUUAGUCUGAGACCUACCAGUACUGCUGGUGUCAAAAUACAUGUUUUGUUUAUUGAAUUAGAAAUUUUCAUCACUCAGAUUUAAAAUAAAUGAGUUAUCCCUUUGGAGAAAGAUAGAAUUGUAUAUUUUUUGCAGAAAAUAGAAGCCUACAGUGUAAGGAAUGACAUUAUAUCUACCUCAGACAAAGCACCGGUGGACCUCCACUGUCAGAUUAAUGGACAGAAUCUGAGGGAUGCUUUGACUCUUGGUGCAAAUCAAAUUGAAAUUAAUGAGCAAAAACUGGACCUCUCCUCUUCCACCACUGGCUCUACCUCCUCCUGACUGAUGGGAAGAUUAAGAAACUCAUGAGGCUUGUGGUAAACAGAGAGCUUAACUUACUAUAGGAGGCUGAAAAAAGUUUUCCAUCGAUAUGCAUCAACAUGGGUGUAAAUGUAGUUGCUGUCACGUAUUAAUUAAAUCUUCAGCUUUGCUUUGCCUCCUUAAACACAUACGGAUUAGUUUUUUAAAGACAUAUAUGAAAAUGCAUAGGCAACAAAACCACAAAUUAUUAAGUCAAAUGUCAUCAAACGAAUUAAAUAUGAUUAAAUCAACCACAUACAAGCUAACACUGUGUGUGAAUUGCUGGAACUAGUUGCCCUCUAGCUGCUAGGCACCACAAACACAAAUAAACCACACACACAUUAACACACGCACAUAUGCACACACAAAGUGCACCAGCAUACACAUCACCAGCCUCUGUUUUCUUUCCCGCAAGAUUCCAGUUUCACGCUCACACCGUGGACCUGGUGUACCAGGGUUCUCUGCUCCACACCCGCGAGGAGCUGGCGAUGGUGGUGGUGGGUCCCCUGACCUUGAACGCAGUAACGUUCCUGCUGGUUCUGAUCAGAUGGGGCUGUCAACAGAUAUUUGGCUCACUCCCUUCCUUCACGUCAAAGUUUAUCAUGGCUCAGGGAGUGUGGACAGUCCUCGACCCCCUGGCAGUCUUUGCAGUGGACGCCAUCCUCGGGGUAAGUCACUUAAAAAUAACUUGGACACUUGUGCACUUUAAAUAGGAGUUCACUUUAUCUUGGCAAAGUGACUUUAGAUUACAAAAAAAAAGAGGGGGAGGGGAGAGGGGGGAGAAAAAAAAUGUGCAAGGUUAGAUGGGUGUCGAAAUUGGCAGUAAGACGGAAAGAAAUGAUCUGGACUAUCAGCCAAUGAAUUUCUUGAUAAGAUGAAUUCACUUAUUCCCAAAAGGUAAAUUUAAAACAAACUCACACCUGAAUCUUUAUUUUAAUUAUGACUGAAAAAAGAUCAGCGAUGUAGGACAGAGUGAGAGAAACACCAGCUGACCAGUAUGUGACAUGCAGUCCUAAAGCCAUCAUGUGAUCUUCCUCUGAUCAAUCUGCUUCUUCAGCCAGAGACUCCCCAUAUUGCAAAUGUCCAGUCUCAUAUGUCUGUCAGAUCUGUCCUCUUUUCCCUUUAAAAAAAAAAAAAAAAAAUCAUUGUCUCCUCAGCGUCUCUCUUACAGUCCAGACACGCCGGUGGGUGACGCAGCCAAGUUGUACUGGCACUUCUAUCGAGUUGACCAAUCAGGUGCAGCCGGAGUGAUCAUCACUCUUUUUCUGUAUGCGGUGCUGUCCCUGCUUUCCACCACCAUCUUGUACAUCUACCUGCUCAGGUGAGACAAACAAAAGGCGAACUGUGAUUUUAUCUUGCCAUUGAGUACACACUUUACACUGCCUUCAAAAUAAAAGCAUCAACAAAAAGUGUAAAACAACCUGAAUCCUUUCUAUUCAGUUUAAAGCUGAAUGUUGCAAAACAGCUCCAGUGUUUCCAAGAAUUGAACUGACAUAUUCUGUGAGGACACGCUGUAUAAGCAGAGGAAGACCCUUUUUUGAAACACUCAGACACUCACCAGCUUUCUAUUCUCAUGCACCCCCGUUCAGAUAUAACUCCACCGUCCACCCCCACAGCUGCACGCCAUGUUCCACCCCAUCCACUAUUUCUUUGGCUCCUCUGUCCAUAGAAAAGCACAAAAACCAACUGAAAAUAAGAACAAAUCUUGAUCUAAUCCUUUUUGAUUUUAUAGUCGCAUGGGAUUACUUAUGCAGUUUCGCAUCAACAUCACACUUCCGCACGAUCACAUACGCACCGAGUUAUCCGACACGAAAACAGAAACACGCACAGUUGCUGUUUUUGAACGCACCCCACUCUGCAGUUGGUUGGAAUAUGGAAAGCGUUUCUAAUUCAAAAGUUAGAUGUGUUUUGAUAUAGCGUGAACAUAUAACCCCCUUACAUUAUCCGAUUAGGCUGAAUGUUUUGCAUGGUCGGUAUCACUGCAGGUUUCAUACAUAUUGAAAUGGACUGCAUAUACAUGGUGGCGAGCAUCUUAAUGCACUAUGUGUUCCACUCAUGUCUUGCAGAUUGAGGUCACUCAUGCUGAAACAUCCUCUUGCUUGGCUUAUAUUAUGUUUUAGCCUCCCAGACUGUUUUAACAAAUCUUGAGGAAGCCUUUAUGUUCUCUAUAGAGCUGUUAAGAGCUUAAAGCAUGAUAACGGGGAUGAGCAGGUAAAACAAAACGAGGACUGAUCCCUAACUCUUCAGCUGAACCUAAAGUAUAUUGACACUGCAGUAUAUCUGUACACCUAAAUGUCUCUAAAUUCCAGUAUAAGCUAUUUUCUAAUAGAGGAACCUUGUAGAAAAGCACAUAAGUAGAAAGAGAGGGUCAUAAAUUACUAAAUAAUAUAACUCUGUAUUCAGUCAAGGUGUGUUCCCCCACCCUCGUAUAUGACCAAAUUCCAUUAACCGCUCAAAAUGUAAGAAAACCCUUAUUGAAUUAAUCAGUUUGAGAUUGGCGGCCGAGGAGAGGGUGCCAUCUCAUUUCAGUAAGCGGGAUGCUUAUCGGGCUCCAGCUAAAUGGACAAUAUUAAAACAGCAGCCGGGAAUAAUGACUUCUGCCACUCAGCCGCCAUACGGGUUUGUAUUGAAUGUAGGCCACGAGGCUGAAGCAAGGCUGAUAAUUUUAUGGGUUACAGUUUCCUAUUGGCUGCAAGAAGGGGCUCUGACACAGAGCGUGACCUAUUUCUAAAAAAAAUGCCUCAGGCUAUAUGUAUAGAUAGAAUGGACUGUUAUCCUUUUUUAAUUACAUUUUAGGCAGCCUUUAUUCACUGGCUGUAAAAAUACACAUCAGUGAUGUAUUUUACACCUUCACCCUCUUUGAAACUUCUUAAAUACAAAAAAGAGUGGCGUGACACUGAUAGGGGUCCAAACAAUUACACUAAAAACUGGUUUAGUUUGAGUUUCAGAAUAAGAGCAUGUGUUUUUUAUAAACCUGCACUAUAUUACAUGCAUUAUAUGUAACUCUAAAUGAGUGGAAAGCCUCCCUUGGCUGCUGUGUUUCUACAAAAAUCACUCUUUGGUUGACAACAGUGUUUUUUGAUAUUGUGAAACUGAACCUGGAGGCGUUUUACUUUGCAUUACCACCUGCUCACUAUACAUAAUCCUGCUUAACCAUCUACCAACUACAUGUAGAAGUUUACCAACAAGUUAGGUGUUGAUCAAGAUUUUAUUUCAGUUAAAUGUGGUUUAUUGGUAAACUUAAAAUUGAAAUGAAUCCCUCAGAUUUGACAGUCAGAAGAACUUCCUUAACUGUUUUGUUACUGUCAGCCUGCUUUCAGUCAAUUUAACAUUUAACUUAACAUUAUUCUUAAUAUUAGUCUGCUGUUAUGACUUAACAUUUUCAUUUUAGUGGUGAAGUUAAAACAUUUUCUUGACAGAUGCAGAAAAUAAAAGCAGCAGUGUCUGUAUAAGGGCUUCUUCCCCAUAGCUUUAAAGUCUGUCAGCGUUUUCUUCUCACUCAACUAAGUCCUGUAAUUCUGCCAAGGUCCACACCAUGUUGUGAUUUGUGCUUGAUAUCUCUUUUACAUCCCUGCCUAGAAUCUCUGCACUUUUCCUCCUCUCAUCCUCAAAUCUAACAUUCAAAUGAACUGAGAGAAAUACUAAAAACAUCGGCCACAUUGUUAACCAGUGCAUAUUGUAAUGAGGAAGAGUUGAAAUCAUGAAUAUAAUACAUUGAUUGAUUAGAUAUGAUGUGUGUGAUGGUUGUCUCUGGUGUUACUCUUGCCAUUCAGAAUAAUUCCUGGUGUUACAGGGUUUUAGCCAAUCAGAAUCAAGUAUUUUAAUACAGCUGAAUCAUAAAGGAAGCUUAUUAAGUGAUAACACAAAGUGAACUCACUCCAACACAAGAAUACUCAUUCCAUUUUAUGCACUGCUGUAAUGAUGUAAUGGAUAUGCUAAAAUAUUUGGUUCUAUAAACUGUAUCUAUAAGUUUACAAUGUCCUUAAGGACACCACUAUACUGACUCAGAGCUGAUGAGAUCCUUCAUCAUCUAGGUCAAACCCAGAUAUAAGUAACACAUAGGCAACUUACAUUCAGGGCACUUUCAGCACUGAGACUGGGGACUGUUUUGAUGCCAAAGAUACAAAGAUGUUGAAUUUCUCCAAGAGAGAGACGGCAUAAAUGAAUGAGAAGCACAAUUCAAGUGUAGGAUGAAAAUGAAUGCAUGCUAUUCCUGUGUCUGAGGUCAAGAUUCUACAAACAUCCCUCUCCCAAGAGCGAUGAGGAAUGAUGCUGGGUUCAAAGCUCCACACUAGCGUCUUGUAUAAAUCCCGGCCUCCUUGAUGUUGGUUUUAUUUGAGAGUUGAUUACCCUCUGACAGGCUAGAAUCUCUAUGGAAGGGCACAAGGUCUGCUGGUUUUGAUGGUCAGCCAAGGCAUUUGUUUACAGACAUGGUGAUUCUUUUUAGGGGUUGGCUGCGUGCACCCUUGUGUGGCAAAGGAAAAAUAACACUUUGGUGAUGCGCGCUCAUCUGGAGGUAUGAAUCGAUACGCCUUUUGCUGUGCAGAACAUUUGCUUGUGACUCAGGCCCGUCUCUCCAGACACAUCUGCAACCAGCACGUCCGUUGCAUCUGCCAUCUUUGAAGCUCAGCAUUAACACUGAAGAGGAUCCCAGGAUCUGACUCCCACACAUUAACAGAUGUACAACCACGCAGACACACAGCCAAACACAGACAGCUCUACAGUCAGCUUGUGUUAACAAAGUGCUUCCCACUCACAGGCCAAUUUGUUUGAUUUCUUUUUGCUCUUUCAUUGUGUUGGAUUUGAUGUAUUAUAUAUUUAUAGAGUGUUACUCUGCAAACACGCUUUGUGUAAUCAAUAAAAGAUUCAUAUGAUCUUCUGGCAAGUUCGGAUUAUUAUCUUUUGACCUGUUCCACGAAAGACAGCCAAUGUGAGAGCAGAAAACCGGACGUGCUGUUGUUUUGCACCACAGUAGUGUCUAGUUUUUCACAAUCUCGACCCCUGAUCUGACCCCAAUUUGACCCUGUGUGAUCUUUAAUGGACUACCAAAGUGAUGUGGCAUAACUCUCGCAUGCUUCCUCCCAGAUUCCACAACAAUGGCCGCAUGCUGGACGUCUUUCAGCGGCUCACAGCUAAAGAAGGGACGUACUUCCUGCCCGAAGACCUGGAGCUGUCAAACCAGGAGCUGAGCUACAUUGUGAAGAAAGCCGAGCAGUGGAGAGGCUUUAAUGGGGAGAGGCGUAAGGUAGGCAACACACUGCAGCCUCCAUGUCUCUCAAGACAACGGUCUUCUCCUCAAAGCCUCAGUGAUUAAUUGGGCUAAUGGAUGUUUUCUUAACGAGACAAUGAGUCAAAAGGUCACAAAUGCUAAUCUGUUGGAUUGUGAGUGUAUAAAUGGAGAAUUACAGUUUGUUGUCUGCAACCCCCUGGAGGGAUUUUCCUUGUUGCAGCACUGGAGAAAAAAACAGGCUGGAAAGGAUGACUGUGUUACCCAGAGGAACAUUUUUUGGCAGCCAGGAUAGCAUCCCACUCGCAAUCAUUUGGUCACUCUAAUAAAGAUAUUCUGCUCCAAAAGGUAUAUAGAAUAGGCUUAUUUUAUGUCAUUACAUUUUCUUUAGUUACAUCUCAGAAAGCUGAGAAUUCAUCUCAGAGGUCUUUAGCUUCAUUCUAAUUAGUACAAGAUAAUUACCAAAACAGAACCCCGGCUAGCGGGCUGCCUGAUUAGUCUGUGGAAACCAAUUUCCAAAGAUAUUUCAUUAAAGAACGACUGCUCAAUCAACACACACGCUGAGGUGCAUAUGCUUGUGCUACACUGGCCAUUCUCUUUAUGUGGACAACUUAGUGUCAUGGGAAAUGCAUAGUUCCAGUUUGCAUAAAUCGAUGUUCUCAGAAAUUGCAAUUGCUUUGAAAUAUACUGGUGCGUGUUUGACAGCCCAGCGCAGGUCGAUGGUGAUGACACAGGGAGGGCAGUGUAUUAGCACCGAGCCGACACCCGGAUGCAGAAAUCUUUGCAUAGUGAUUGAAAAUGUGACUUGUGGAGAUAAGGGAAAUGGAACAUAGCGAUCAAACGGCGGUCCCCUUUAAUUUAUUUUGUCGAAUUUGUUAGUGGCACACAUCGCUCUGUGUUCUGCGUGUUCAUUAACUUCCCUGCUCUUUGCUUGCGAGAGUUCAUGUGGCUGUAAAAAGGCAAAAUGGAAACAGAAACUAAAGUUGGCUAUCAGACUUUGAUGAAAUGUGGAUGGGCUGUUGUGGGAGUGAUUCUCAUGGGGGUUAAAAACAGACCUGAUCAACAUGUGUUUGUGAGGGUCAAAGUGGAUAAUUUCUGUAAUCUUUACUAAGAAACUGGAGAUUAUUGUUUCUCCUGAUUGAGAGGAUAAGCCCCUGAAAUAGACAAUAGAAGUUCUUUAUUUUCUUCAGUCUGCGAAAAGGGCAAAUUCAUUAAAUCCAGCAAAAUAAGGUGUUUUUAGUGCAUUACUUACCGCGCGUUAAACAGCUGUUUUCCUGAAUGUCCAUCUCUUCUCUCCAUGUCUUGUAAGCUUUAAUGAAGUGCAGCCCUGGCUCUGAGAGGUGACUACACUGCUGCUAAUGGAAUGGUGAUGGUCCUGUUUAUUGGGAGAAAAUUGAACCUCCCAAUGUUUGGAGACUUUGAAAGAAAUUAAAGCCCCAAAGUUUGUGAUUAAGAAAAUGCUUCAUUUAGCUGCUGAUGGCCUCUUGCUGUGGUGGCUCUGCUAAAUCAUCCUCGCAUUACUGCAUAUCCCCCUCCAUGGCGACAAUUACAGCGUACUUCAUAUUGUCCCUAAUUUUGCGUUAUUAAACUGAUAAAACGCUAACACGUUAACACAUUUUCCUGCAUGAUGGAAAUUUAGGGUUAUUGCAUUUUAUGAUUUUUACAUUAUUCAGUCCGACCAUUUUUCAUCCAAAUAAGAUGGGCUUUGCCACUAUUUCAUAAUUAUUGGAACAAUUUCCACCGUGAAAAGGGUCACUUUCCCACCUCAGCAAAGACAUAUCCCUAUUAGACUAAUUUGCCUACAUGUAAAUUUUGUCACUUUUCCCUCAUUAACUAUUUAUCAUCGACAGGAAAAAAAAAUAUUCAUGAAGCCGAGCAAAGGAGCAGCCAGACAGAGCUGAAACUAAUAUUUUGCAACUCUAAUGAUUUUUUGCAUCCUUAAUUAGAUAGAAUAAGGUUGAUAUGAUUAGGUCAGGAUGUAGUGUUUUUCAUUAAAAAUACAUUUCAGAAACUGUAUUCCAAAUGUGCCCUUGCAAUUAAAUAAUGAAUCCGACGCAUUCCUUAUUACGGACCCAAUUAAUAUCAGAGGCAAGGGCGUAAUUUUAAUAACAGUGGGCCACGAGGCCUUCAUUAGCGGAGUGAGAGAAAGGAGGGAUGAGGGGAAGGAAAACAAGGCACACACAGGAACAGCAGCAGCCUGAUAUUGAGCCAAUUUCACAAAGUUAUUGAACAGCACUCUCUUAAAAGGAUAAAGUAUGACAUUUCAACAAAUCAGAUCUGGGGCAGGCAGGAACUGAGAAUAGCUCUUGUUUGUUUAACCCUAAUUUGAGUCGAACAUCAAAUGCAAGACAGGGAAACUGAAAAUAGAAAAUCAUUAAGAGAGAGACAAAUAAAUGUCCUUUAAGGUUAUUUCAAUACUCAGGGUAGAUUGAAUGAUUCAGUUAGAGCGUCUUAACCGGUGGAGGCAAGUGGACAGAUUUUACUUUGCUUAAUCAGCUCAGACACUUGAUGCCAAGAUAGCGGUGCUGCAUUGACCAUCAUAGGAAAACAUGUUUGACAUUAUUUUUAUGCGUGACCCCUGAAAUGUGAAAUGACAGACGUAAUGGCCUUUUUCUGUCUUACCUGUGUGUGAGGCAGCAGGUGAACGUUUCGUACUCAGGUGGUCAAAGGUAAAGAUGUGAUGACUUUGACGAGGAACAAAUUGAGAGAUUAAGACAGCAUGGUCAGCUUGCUUUCUGUCAGCUGUUACCAAAGAUGUCCAAGGGAUGGAAUCAAGUUUAAACUGGGCAGCCAAGGCCCAGUGAUGUGCAUGUGGAGCAAAGAUUGACAGAAAAUGAAAGAAAAUGGGCCCCAGGAUAGAGCCUUGGGGAACACCACGUGAAAUUUUUGUCUGCUAAGAAGGGGAGUAGUCUCGCCACAAAGUGGUCUCUGUCUACUUGAUAAGAAUAAAACCAGUUGAGUACUGUGUCAGGAGGUCCCAUCCAGUUCUCCAGCCUGUUAAGUAUGGGCUACUGGGUCAAAUAAGGCAGUGAGAUUCGAUUAAAGUUCUACCACUGUCAGAUGUCAUUAAACACCGUAAACAGGGCAGUCUCAUUGAAGAAUGAAGAAUAAGUAGAAAUUUACUUUUGUGUAGCCUGCUUUUACAGUUUUUAGGAGAUUCUGGCAUUUAGGUUUUAAUAUCUGGGAUUUAUUAUUUCUAUAAGCAAAUUUAAGGAAAACAGAAAUCAGAUGAAUCCCGAUCAGGACUGCUUUGACUUCCAACUGAAAAGAAGGUGGCCUACAUUAGAGUGGGGAUCAAAAUGUUGCACCCAAUCAGUGUACAUAUAACAUCCGGGACUUCUUAAUGUCAUGUGCAUAAUCUGAGUAUAAAACACACAUUAACAAAAAAAUGGCAAAAGCUUAUAUACUAGGUUUGUUGUGUUGUAACCUACAGGUGUCAAAUUCAGCAAAAAUCUGUCCAAUGCCGUGUCUCCCUCCAGCACUGAAACAAUAAAAAGAAUUCACAUCCAAUAACCAACCUGCUAAUGGCCUAUUAUUAUCUGACUUGUAAUUUUCAGAAGGCAGUCAUAAAAUGUAAUCUAAUUUUCACUUUCUGACCAAUUAACUUUAUAUUAUGGAGCCGUGACAUAUGAUUGUUUUAGUCACUUUCAGCUUUAAAUAUCCCUCGCAGUAUUACCUGCAGGUCAAGAUGUCAGCUGUAGAGCCUAGCAAGAGUGUAAAAAGGGUGAAAGAGUUCAGAGUUUAAAUUCUUUCAGACUAGACUCAUAUUUUUAUCUCAAACUUGUUCACAUCCAGUGUACAUGCUGUUUCUUUAUUUGUGUUUAGCAUGGUGGCUAACAAAACUCGUCGAAUAUGACAACCGGGUUCCAAUAUAUUAGGAUAUGAACAGCAGUUUCCACUUUAUAAUCGUGUUUAAAGUAAAACUUGUUUAAAAUAAAACAAAACUCCAUAAAAUCCCAACUUUCCGAGUGUUUUUAGUGCCAUCACGCUUGGAGCACUGAAAACAUGCUACACAUCCUGCCAGUGGUUGGGUAAUGAGCUCCAUUAAUUAUGUAAAGGCAGUGAUGCAGAUGGACCUAAUUAAUUGUCUCCCGUCACCCCCUUGAUUACUGUACCUGGAAGGGAGGUGUUAAUUUCUGUAAUACUUAAGCAGGUAUGCAAACUGUUUUGUCAGAGCCUCCGCCAUGACAAUGACAGAGUAGAGCGCUGGCUAACUCGCUGCAAUGCUCUUUUCCUGUUAAUUCACCCAAAGGAAACUUUCCCAGUGGUGGUGGUGGUGGUGACAUUGUGAUAAUUGAGGGAGAGAGGGAGAGAUUAAAAGAAGUGGGGAAGUGUGAGGGGAGGGGGAGAAAGGGGGUUUGCGCGGUGGCCCUGGAGAUGUUUUCGCAACUUGAUUGCAUCAACAUUUGCGUACCUUCGUGCCGUUUGUCUCCGUAUGUCUAGGUAAUGGGUUUCCAGCGGGCAAGUUUGGGAACACCCAAGGUGCUUUGCAACAGCAGCGUGGUUGGUGGGGAGUAAACCUGUUGAGAGUCAAGCAGCACAGAUUGGAUGGUAAUGAUAACCCGAGUCUGCAAGGCUGGCUGUUAAUCAUAGACGAUGUGUUCUCAGUGUUAACCUACAGCAGUGACAUGAUUGUACCACCUGACUGAAGAAAAUACCGGGUUUACUUUUUUCCCACCAAUAAUCCUGUGACACAUAAGAAAAUUUGUAUUCAUAAUCUCAUUGCGCAACUUAAUUCAGAAAUAUUCAAUAUUGCCUUGACGUUCAAAAUAAAUCACCGAGCGAUGGGAUUCUGCUUCGGAUAUUUACAGAAAAGACCUGAAAAAAUCGGAUGUAGGAAAACACCACUUUUCAACCUUAAUAGUGCUAAAAUUGAAUUUUCAAUAUAAAAAAUGGACUCCAAUUGCAGGAAAAUGUAAUUUCCGUUAAUUCAGGGGUAAACUAUUAGCACUUCACCUGUUUUAUUCAAUUUGCCAAACCUGUUUGCGGUUCAGAUAAUGCAGUCAAGUGAACGUGAGGCCACCUGAGACGAAAAUCUAAACUCAAGUUAAGGAAGAAGAAGCUUUUGUGGAAAGAAAGGCAGACAGAGGGGGUAGUAAGGCAUGACAGGAUACACAGGAACUGCUGUCACCCAACAAUAGGACCCUCAGCUCCUGAACAGGAACCCAAAACAGCAACACAGGAACACUGGGGAGAUGCGAGGAAGAGCUGAGUGCUUCAGUGGUGCAGGUGAGGAUGUCUGGAGUCAGAGGGCAGCUAUUGGUCUAUAGUGUGUGACAGUGUGGGGUCACCAGAGUCCUCCCAACCCCCCAGUAACCUCCACUAAAAGGCAGAGUGGUCAGUGUGCAUGUGGGCGUUUGCCUGUGUACAGUUUAUCUGUGCAUGUGUAAGUGUGACUUCAUGCUCACGAACCUUCCUGUGCACUCAUAUGUGCAUGUCACAUUAGAGUGGCUUCUUCAAUUACAGCAGAUGAGGUUUUUCUUUUUCUUUUUUUUUUUUUAGUGGACAGCACUGAGGGCCCCAACUGCCCCCGGGCGAUAGCGAGCAGGCAGGCAGGCAGGCAAGGACAGGAGCGAUGUAGCAGCAAGCACAGCUUUCACAGUCAGAGCAUUAGGGAGCUCAAUAUGAGAUAUGACUGCAAAAGCUACAUGCCUGUGUUCCUGAAAAGGUCACGGACUUUGCUGGGCUGCAAUGUGUGAAAGCGGUGCUCAGUGGGUAAGAAAGAAGAACCUAAAAAAAAAAAGGGGAAAAACAGAUAAAGAUCAAACUGAAGAACUCUCUCACCUCUCGGUUUAGACAUACAAGAUUUCAUCAACAAAUCCAAAUGCAUCAAUGCAAACCAACCAACACUAUUGAAGUAAAAGACUGAAUGUUAACUCAAAGAAGACACCGUAAUGUUUAUAUAUAUAUUUAUAUGAGAAGACAGAACAACUGUCAGCGCAACUAGGCUCAAGAAAAACAUGCUGUAGACUAUUUCAUGGCCACAUUAAAUAAGGUAAAGUGUUCUCUGUUAGUACAUCCCAGCACCUUUUCAGGUAACAAUGUUCAUCAUGAAAGUCUCCCAUCUCUCUUUCUAUGUCAAUUUUCUUGGCCUACACAGCUAGUUUUGCUCAAGGUAGGGCUGGGCCUUGAACCGAAUAUUUACAGAUAACCAAAUUUACGACAAUAAUCGACGUCAUUUUGCGCAUAUUGGUAUAGUCAGUGUUAAAAAAAAUGAAUAAAUAAAAGUUGGUUUUGGAUGUGUGUAGGUAGGCUAUGGUCUCAUGUCCCUUUGAGAUGCUGUCCUACGUCAGAGACGUGACUCCACCCCAUCCAGUCUGUAACAAAGAGGGAAAGACAGGUGAGGAGAUGGAGGAUGGUUCAAAGUUGUAGCGGCUGCAGCGGCGGCUCAAGUAGGGGAAGUUAAUGUGAGAGGGGGUCAGCAGCUUAUGGAGCUGUUGUUGCCGUUAUUUAGGUGAACUGCUCAAUAUAUCGUGAUAUUGAUUUGAGGCCAUAUCGCCCAGCCAUAGUUCAAGGUUUCUGCCUGUGAGACGGUUGUUAUUGCCAGUAUUACCCUUGUUUUGCCUGUUUUUCAAUUGACCAAUAUAUGAUAGCUUUGAUUUGCUCCAACCCCUCUGUGGUGACUAAUGUACAAUUCAUGAAAUCCAUCACAUCUCGUAUUUGGACCUCACUUAGUCUGUUAAGAGAUUUUACAAGAAAAAUAAGUCUACAAAAAGUGUGAUUAUCUCAUACAGAGAGCUUUAUUUCUUGAUAUUGAAUGUCACUCCAAUCAGCCGAUUCUUGUCUUCGAACAAAGUCAGAAACCUCAGCUUCACAAGGUUUCCUCUCAGACACUCGACUAUCUCAUACCCAGAGUUCCUGCAGUAGACAGAAGGAGAAAAGAGAAAGUGUUCCAGUAUGAACUUGUCGGUGUGAACAGUUUAAUUACAGGGAGUGUCAGCCGCAUUGCUUAAUGUGUCCCUCACAAUUAAUCCAAGGAGAGGAUGUCAUUAUCUACCAAAGCCCGGGCCUGGGCAGCUUCUCCGUCGGAGUAAAGAGGGUGAGAUGAAAAAAUGAAGGAAGCGCCUAAACUUUGAGUUGACCUUUGUGUCACACAGAUGGAUCAAGCUAAGACUUUUGGUGAUUACUGUGCUCUUCAGAUGUCUCGGACACUUGCCUGCUAUGACACCAUCAAUGAGGAAGAGAUUUAUCCUUUAAUUUCUUCAUAAUAUGAAGCUUUGCCUGUCAGCUGUCAAAAUAAGUCCAGCUGGAAGAAAUUAGACCGACUAUGAAACCUGGAGUCUCUCUACCAUUAUUCUCCUUCUUCUUCCACCAUCCAAGGGACUUAGAUGUCAUAGCCUUGUGUUUCCAUCCCACAAAAACAAACAAAAAGAUACAAAUUGUGACACCGAAGAGCGAGGAUAGAUCAUGCAGGUUUUCUUUAAGUGCCAAACAAAAAUUAAGAGGAAGGAUUUUGGUGGAAGUUUCCAGAUGUUUCCCCGACCUGACCACCUGGCGAAGCUCCGUCCUAUGAGCUGAAUUUUAACCAAAAAGUUUGAGUGACAGAUGCUUUAUGUUUAGGCCGCGAGGAUGGGAGCUGGUGGCAACAGAAGUUCAUUAUGCCAGCUGAGGAAAUGCUGCGAGUCUUUCACCACAUAUGGAAGUGUUUUCUGCGCACACACAGAGGCGAUAUUUGAAAUCACAGCAAACAUGCACCAAACAUACAAAGAUGCACAUUCAGCCCCUGUCUCCUCAGAGGUUUUCCUACUUAAACUUGACAGAUCUGAUUCUUUCUGACUGUCCGUCGUUAGUCACUUCUUCCCCCCCUUUCUCCCUUCUUUUCCUUUAAAGAGUUUGACCUUGGCUGCUUCCCGCGGCCCGGAGGGGAUGAGGAAGGUCUGGUGAUCUUGACAGGUGUCGCGUCUUAACAGCCCCACAUGACAUCCUGAGGAGAGAUAGACAUUUGGAUUUUUUUUUUUUUUUUCUUCAUAAGGGCUUCACUUAUAACCUUAAAGAGACAGGGGGUGUGUUCAUAUAUGUGUGUGUGUGCACAUGUACAGUACCUAUGUCAGGGGGAAUGUGUGUGUGUGUGAGUCUCACCACUCAUUCCAAGCUCCCAUUUCGAUUAUUGGCUUGGAUACUUAUCACCUCCAGCCUCCGAGGCCUGAUUAGGUUGAAGCUACUCCAAAGUCAAAUUUUGGAUAUCAAAGGCAACACUCAACUUUGGCAUCUGUCUGCAGCAUCUUAAUACCGAGCCGGGGCCCCUGACAUGUUGAGAAUUGAGCGCAAGGCCUGAAAAUAUGUGAUCUGAACGGUUAAAGUCAGAGAGAUGUUUUCACGUAUCACCUGAGGGAGGCCAGACAUACAGACCUACAAAUGUUUAAAUUGUUUUUUAUAAGAAAUUGCAGCAUGAUCACCUGUCUUAAACUUUUCCUGCAAGCUCUAAUCUUUUACAUUUCAUUUACACAGAUUUAAGGUUAAAAACGUGCAAGUUGAGGUUUUUAAAGUCCCACAUUUUUUCAAGUACUUUAAUUGUUAUCAGUGGUCUUAAUUGUGAUUAUGAAGUUUUUCGCCAAAAUCACCUUACUUGUGUCAUUUUCAAGGAUUUUUCUUCUGCAGGGCUCCAGUAGCUCAUUAGCAAUUUGCCUCUGAAUCAUGGGCGGAGACAGCGCGGCUCUACACACUCGUCUUCACGUUAGCUUGCAGCCUAACAUUGCUUGUGCAGCACAAGUGGCAGGUAACAUAGAAGCUAUUCAGCUCUUAGACACUGAUGUUUUUAGGGACAUGACGAAAGUUAAUAUCCUAACUAGCUUUCUUACGCUUUUCCCGUGAUCAUCCAUUCUACUUAUCAGAGUGUGGCUUGCAUAGCGGGGCCCAGGGGGCGGAGCUUGGAUUUGCUACGUAGGAAAUCUCAUUGUUUCUGAACCUGCCGUUUGGGGCUGCUAGAGGUUCACAGCGAUUUGAAAGCAGAAAGACUUAGAAAUGCAUUUCGCACUUAUUUUUCUCAUGAUAACAUCAGAGAAAUGCCAUAUGAACAUGUAGACAACAAGAAAAACACAAUUUUCAUUAGUGGGUCUUUAAUUCAUUGCGUAAACUCCUAAAUCACCUUCAUGUAUGAUCCCUGGCAUAAAAGAACUGUAAGUGCAGGUCAUUAUUAGGCAUGAAAAUAUAAAACACACACCAUUUUCUGUGUUAAGUUUCUUGUAAACUUAAAUUGCUUCAGAAUGAACCAUAGACGUGAUCUCUUUAGGGCCCAGAAAGAGUCAGGAAUGGUGCAAAUAAAAGAUGGGAUAUCUGAGUUGUUUACUGUAGGCUUGGGGUAACCUUUAUUUUCUGCAAAGGAGAUUAGUAACAGUGAAUUAUGCAUAUCUUAUUUUAUGGAUUAUCUCAGGCACUCAGAGAUACUAUCUCACUGGAUAAUCUCUUUUUAAAGCUCUUCAGUUUAUUCUGAAUGUAAAUAUAGUCUUUGUUGCUUGUUUAUCUUUUCUCGAAGUCAAAUUCGCUCAGUGCUACUUUCGGCUCGGGUGUGUUAUUGCACUUAAACUUCAAGUCGAAAUAUUUAUAGUCUGUGAUUUUUGCUUUAUAACCACAGUAAUGAGAGGAGAGUGGAGGGAAAGCCACUGUAGCGCACUAGCUGUUUUAUCACUCACCAUGUGUGUGUAUGUGUGUGUGUGUGUGUGUGUGUGUGUGUUCCUGCAUGCAAUAUGAAUGGGUGGCCUGUCUUGACCAGUGGUGCGUUUAACCAGACACAGACCUUUGCUUCAGCCAAACCAGGCCCAAUGUAGACCGUGUUCAUCCAUGCCAUUUUCAAGCUGCUCCAAUUAUAUCUGCUGACCGUCUGCAUAUUGGCCAAAUUUACAAUAAUAGCAUAUCUAUUUCCAUCCUAAUGGCUGACAUUGCUUGGCUUAUCCAUGCAUGUAUGUCGGUGGUCUUUAUGCUUCAUGGUUUGGUCUGUUCCCAGCCAUGUGCAAUGUGCUGUAGCCUGUCUUGGCCUUGCAUCUGUAUACGCUGCAUCAGGCCAGUGUGUAUAUGUUUAUGUCUGAGCGUGCAUAUGUGUGCAUUCGUGUAUCUAUGAAUGAGCAUGUGCAUUCGUGCAGUCUGACCUCUAUAGCUUGCUCAUUUGUACUCCGUAUAUGUGCCUGUUAUUCAAAAUUUGUGAAUGUGUGAACCCUUGUGCAUGUGUCUGUGAGCUUGUGUUGGCAUAAGUGUGAGUGUGUGUGUGUGUGUGUGUGUGUGCCUACAUACAGUCUGUGUCUGCAGUACAUACCAAGUGCUCAGCAAACAGGCCUUGAGCCCGGGCCAGCUCUGACAGACAGGGUGGUGGAGGAGGUGGUGGUGGUGGAGUGGAGGGAUUGACCCUCUAUAGCUCAGAGAGCCUCUGCACAGUGCCCCCCCCACCUCCCUCCCACCCCCCACCUUACCCAUCUCCCCACAACCCUCCCCUCCCCUCCCUCCCCCCACUCCCUGCUGCCUAGCCCCAAGCGCCCGCAGGCACUGGAGAUGCACGCAUGCGUUGCCUCGCUGUGUGAGGCUUUGUCUGUUUGUGAGCAAGGAUGUGUGUGUGUGUGUGUGUGUGUGUGUGUAAGCAUGUAGAUGAGUGUUAGUGUGUAUGCGUGUGUGGAUGAGAAUCUGUGGACAAAAGAUUCAACCAUGUCUACCUCUUCUCUCACUUGGCAAUAAUCAUUGAUGCUCCUUUCUGCUCGAUAUGCGCUUGUGUGCUCGUUGUGUUUUCAUGUUAUGACUGCCCUUUUGUUCCCAAAUGUGCAUUCAAAUCAUUGUCAAAUACACAAACUUAAUGACAUAACAGCAUUACUAAAAAUACACGAAAGAGACAAUUAAAUCAAUAUUUUCUCUAGGACACAGCUUUGAUACAAUAGUAGAAGUUAUAGUGAUUAAAUCGUUCUUGUUUAAGAUAGUAAUACCACCUUAGAGUUGGUGAAUGAUGGUAAAGAGUCCGAUAAAAUGAUCAAAAUAAGACUUGAUAUUCCCUUAAUAACAUAAAUCAAACAUAAAUUUUCAAAACUAGCUCCUCAGACCUGUAUUCUUUAUUCUCCUGUUCUCAUACUUAAAAAAAUAAAGCCCCCUGAAGGAGUUAGUAUACUAUUUGUUCUUAUCAUCAGCCCUCCUAAAUGCAUGCAUACUUCAGUCCUCACACCCAGAUCCAUUACAGCUCAAUGGAGCUGGGUUUUCUAAGUGCUAAAUCCUGCCACUGCCCCCAUUUGUAGUACCUGGUCCAGAACCAGCAUCGGCCAAUUUCCUCCCAAGUCAAAACCCACAAACCUACAUAGAGCUCCAAUCUCAGUCCCAACCAUAGUCCCAGCCACAGCCGGGGCUUCCAUGUGCGACUGACACAUAAAUAACCAAGCCUGUCCGCCACCCAGGCAAAUUCAAAUGCACCUGUCAAAGUGAUGAAGCACCCGCCCGCAGGGAAGCAUUGUUUACAUUUUCACUCCACUCUUCACAAAAGUGAGAUUCUAAUUAUUUUUCCCACUGUAAAUUAAAGCCAAGUGGGACAGAACUACGAACCAAAAUGAUCAUGGCGGUGGCAGGAGGGAAAGCCCAGCCCUCCCAUGUAUGCGCUACGUCGGGUAAAAGGUGUGAAAUGUCUGAAGGAGAGUGAGUGGGUGAGAUGUGGGGAAGGUCAGCGGCUUUUGUCUUCAAAGAGGGGGAAGACAGCGAGAGACAGAGGAUGAAGAAAACAGAGGUAUAGCAUUCACACAAGUCUACUUAUGUGGUCAUUACAGGCGGGGUCCAGAGAACUUCAACCAAGUGGAAUACAUCAUUCCCCCACAUAUCAUACAUAAUAGUGUGCCAAUAAUGUGCUGCAUUAUUUUUCAUAUCAAUAGACCGAGGUAGAAAAACAAAGACACAGAGAGAAAGUGAUGAAGUGGGUUGAAUCAAUCCAGAGGAACAUGCAAAUGGAAGGUAAAAUUAAAGACCCGUGAGGAGGGAGAGCAUGAAUGGUAAUGAUGGCUAUCUUAGUUCGGAUCAAUCAUUAAAGGUUGAGAGGGACUGACAGGCCGACUCGUGUCCGCGCCUUAGGCUCCUGUGCUGGACAGUCGCCACCCUGGCUCAGUCUGCCUGUCCACUGAGACCUCUCUGUCUCUCCUGCUUUCAGCUCCAACAUAAAGAUGCACAUGCGUAUACAUCUGUACCCUUUUAUAUGUCAUACACAAAUUGAAACAGGUCAGUGAACUUAGGAGGACACUCUCGGGAGGAUUUAAGGAAUUCUGUGAGGGAAUUAUGGCAGUAAAACUGAGAGUAUAAUAGAAGUCAGAGAAAGAGAGAGCAAAGGUAGAAUAAGUACUUAAAACAGAAUAAAAAGUGUGAGUUUUGGUCUUCUUUCAAGAUGAGUUUUGGUGACCAAACAUGAAUCUGAUUUGAGUUGAAGUUGAUCGCCUAAUACCUGCAUCUGUUUCCCACUAAACUACUCACUGUAUGAAAUGACAGUGUGGGACUUUUUGGAAAUGAGACACUUUUAUAGGCAAUUAAUUCAGACUGAUCCUUUAGGGGUGUGUGGAGAUUUAAAUGAAUGAGUGAAAGAAGGAAGGAAGAAGGGAGAGAAGAAGGAGAGGAGAGAGGAAAGGGAAAUUUUUUAAAAAAGAAAUAAAGAAAAAGGAAUAGAUGGAAGGAAAGAAAUGGAGAGUGAGGAAGAGAGGAAUAGGAUUGAAGACAAAGGAAAAAAGGAGGGAAGAAAGAAGAAAUAGUAAGGAAGCAAGGAAGGAAGACAAAGGAAAAAAGAGAAAUAAAGAAAGAAGGUAAGGAAGGAUGUAUGAUGGAAGAAUGGAAGGAAAGAAGAGGGAAGAAAGAGAGAGUAAGGAAGAAGAAAAGAAAAAGAAAGGAGGGAAGGAAGUGAGGAAGAAAACAGGAAGUAGGAGAGAAUGAACAAACGAAUAAAAACAAGACAGUAAAACAGAAAGAAGGAGGGAAGGAAAUAUAAUGGCAAGAAGUGGGGAUUUAUUUAUGUAUUUAUUUAUGUUAAACCACUAGUUUUUUUUAAGAAGUUCAUGUCCAGGAAAUGCUCGGGUUGUCUUUGGGGACAUAUAAUUUGAAGCUAAGCGGAAAUGUCAUUAUUUAAUUACGGUCAACUCCAGACACAAUCUUCAUGAAGGCCAUGUGACAAAAGCGAAGAAAACGUCAAACAGGGAUAUCUUUGACAGUCAAGGGCAUGUGAGAUAAAUGAAUAAAAUACACUUUUCCAGGAACAGCUAUUGCAAAGGCAGUCUGUCAACAAAUCAAAAUUAAUUCUCUGGAAAUCAUCUAUCCUCAUUUUAGCUCUGUAGUUCUGUUCAAAUCUGAAUCUGGGCAUGGAUAUGGGUCAUUUUUGAAAUCUCCUUUUUAGAAAUAAAUUCAUCUUUUAGGCAGUGAUGCUUUUUUUUUUCCCCCCGACACAAACUCACAAAACAUCUCUGGAAUUCCAAAUCCAUCUUUUGACAGACUUUAUACUUGCACACACUUGAAUAAAAGUGAUUGAUAGACUAGUCAAAUUUUGUCACAAGUCACAGUGAAUUUCUCUUAAAGAAAGGCUUUCCACAGGCAUCUGUAUUUAAGUACUCUCUGCUUUUAUUAUGCAUUCAGACGCAAUAUGGUGUGUUUGGGUUGGUGUGAAAUCGCAUCUUCUCCUAGAAAGACAGACAGACUAUAUUUGUGAACCAUGGAGCCACGUCCCUGCAGCUGUGCCAUCCCCACUUCCUGUGCCUGGUCCCUCCUUCCCAUUCUCUGUGUGCAUUUGCGGUAAUGUCUACAAAUCCUCAAAUUUAUGUCCCUGCUGGAAAACAUGGUUUGCUGUUUAUAGUCGUCCGCUAAAAGAAAUAAGGCCCGUCUCUCCUGAUGCUAGUCAAGAGACUGAUGCAGACUCUAUCAGAUUUCUAAAUACAGACCCCGACAAUAAAUCCUGGCCUGAUUGGGUUUGAAUUGGGUUAGCUCACUUGAAUGCUAUCUGCUUAACCCACAGCUGGCCUGUCUGCUCCAUGCAGGCAUUGAACCUAAAUCAGUCACUUAGUGCUAUCAAAUGGAACAAUGGUGGAGUGGAGAGAGCACUCACACGAGGGCUAGGAGCCAGGCUAGCAUCAUAACGCAACACAACAGACCAGAACAGAGUAGUGUGGAGCAGACAGGCCCCUUAAUGCUCGUUCCUUUUUGUGUCUCAGCAAUGAUGCAUCCUGAGAGCCAUGGUGCAUUGCAUGAAAUGGCAUCACCCAAACCAAACACACAAACACCUUUUCAAGCUUUUGUCUGGUCUUGUCAAGUGGAUUUCACGUGCUAAUUAGCGUAGGAUGGUGGCAUGGCUAACAUCAAAAAAAUCUAUUUUCAUGCAAGCCAAAAUACAUACACAUGCACACCGCACAAGGGGAUUUAAGCAGGUGCGUUUAACUAAAGUGACUUAGAGUACAGAGGAAUGAAAGCAGGGUGUUUCUAUCACCACUGUACAGCUUGGUUCAUACAAUCCAGGAUUGAGGCCUUCACCGGGUCACAGGCACACUUCUGUGACCAGUACAGCAGGAGAGGUGUUUUCUUAAUCAUGUUUUAUCCCACAUUUGUGACUUAGGAUGUGUUUUUAAGAAGAAAACAUUAAGAAUUCUCUGAUUUUCGUUACACUUCCACCUUUGUGGCCCUUAAAAAGAAAAAAAGAGCAGCACAUCAUCAUACCCACACUAUCCAAACAGACUGAUUGCUGCCUCGCUGAGGUGCUGAUUACUUAAGGAAUUCAGGUAAUCACUUUCCCCCAGUGUGGGCCGAGGCCAAGCUGGAGGCAAGGCGCAGUUGAGGCGAUUUCGCUAAUGAGCGUCUUAAUUAGCGUUGAAGAGAUGCAUCCCUGCGUCCCCACAUCCACAACACACACCUUCUCUUGAUGUACCCCCGCUACUCUUCCUUUUAUUCGCGUUUGUGACUCUUUGACAUUUCCACAGCGAGGUCCCUCCUCCUCCUCACAAGGGUCCCGGUUUUAUGCAGCGUCCCUAAUUAUUAGGAGGGUAAUGGCUCCCGCUGUUUUCACGUUGGAGUGCCUUGAGUUGUGUUUGGCUAAGCGUUUGUUAAGUGCGGGGUGACAUCGAUACACCGCCAAAUUAAAGCUCUCCUUCAGCUUGACCCUGCCACUCAUGGUCCGCUGAAUGAGUUUGCCUUUUUUUUUCUCUCUCUCUCUCUUUCUGUGUUUUUAAAUGAAUCAUAAUUACGCAGCCAAUUAGGGAGUCACCUUGAGUUUUUGAAACUGCUUGAUAAACUUCCUCUUCAGUGCGCUGGUUUGGACAGAUUUGGGAAAACAGUCCUGUAGUUUCACUUUUUCUCUCAGUAACUAUGAACACAAUCUUUACAUGAGUUUAUAGAUAUAAAUAGACUUCUUUGCCUUUUAGUUAACAUCACACAUAAGAUCUCCCAUGAUGCUUGGAUCAGCACACACUCACCAGCAGACACUAUCAGAAAGAGAGGGAGCCUCCAUGAUCUUCACACAUGGAUGACUUCGAGUUACAUGACCUAUAUAACAUGUUACACGCUUCGCUCGCUCCACGUGUCUCAUCCUAAUACAGAGGGGCAGUACAUUACAGGUGUGUGAGCCCCCCCAAUCUCACACGCACACACACACACACAUGCUCACAAAGAGUCACAAACAGGCCUGGCGCUAGGAUUAUACAUAUGUAUGCAUGAUCACAAACACAACCUGUCUCUUUACCUGCCGCAGAUCAGGCCCCACAGGACUCCUGCACUGCGAGGAAUUAGCGUGCUGAUGUACUGUACGCCUUUGGUGCUUAUCUGCCGGCUGCAGUUGUAUGCAAUUAAAAUAAAAAUCUCACGUUUUAGGAGCUGAGGUUUGGAUUGAUUUUAAAUGAGGUGCAUGAGGUUUUGAUAUUAAAUUAUCUCGAUGGACUAGAGUUAGUGAAAUAUCUUUAAAAAAAUGUUUCCCUCUUAUGCUGAAUCUCUUCUUUUUUUCAUCGGUUUUGUUCAUGAGUUGGAUUGCUCUCUGUGUGUUUGUGCAUAAUUAGGUGGCAGUCUAUGACUAUAUCUGGACAGCGGAAGACCCCUCUGCAGGAUCUGAAACCCCAAGAGAGGGUGAACCCUUACCUGAGGGAGAGACCAGCACCCAUGUGGCAAUUUUCACCCUUUACCUGAGUGGAAGGAAACAAACAUACAGGCGUUUCCUCAGGCAGCCGGAUGGUGCCAUCACUGAGGUGAGAUAUUAAUAUACUGUUAACAGUCUAUCAAAGGAUUGAUGCUACGUUUUCUAGACUAAUGCAGGAAAUGAAUGCAAAACAAUCAUUGAAUUACACUUUUAAAUGGUUUAGCAGAAUCAGUCCUGCAAUAAUUAUGUACAGAAAGCUUGUACCGUAUUUUCUGGACAAUAAGUUGAACUUUUUUUUUCAUAGUUUGGCUCGGUUUGCGACUUAUACUCAGGUGCAACUUAUAUAUACUUAAAUAUAUAAUUUCACAUAUAGUCUGACGAUAGUCAUGCAAAAGAGGAAGGAGCGCUUCGUUCACUUCGGAAGUUAGCGGAAUUGUUCAGAAGUGACACCAAGGAUGAAGAAUUCAAUAGAUCUAGAGAUUUGGAGUGAGAACGAGAGUUUGGUCAACUUGUUUUGUCAUGUUUUUUAUACCAUAGUUAUCUGAAUAACUGUUAAUAUGUUACGUUAACAUACCAGACACCUUUUGAGUUCGUUGUUUAUGCUUCAUGUAGCUGAAUAACCAUCAACUUGUUACGUCAGCGUACCGUACACCUAUUCAGCCUGUUGCCUUUCAAGAUGAAAUGUCUGUUCUUGGUCUUGGAUUUUGUAAAAUAAAUUUCCCCCCAAACAUGCGACUUAUACUGGUAUAUGUUUUUUUCUUCUUCAUUAUGCAUUUUCUGGCUGGUGCGACUUAUAGUCCGGAAAAUACAGUCGCUACAAAAGGAGGCAGAGAUGCAUGAAAGAGUCACAGAGCACUUCCUUCUUUUUGCUCUCUCUCUCUCUCUCUCUCUCUCUCUUUGUGUGUCUCCUCCCUCUUUAGGAAAGCAAAAAAGAAACCAUAAAGGACCUGUAGUUUUGUUCUCUUGCCUCCAUUUAGAGCCAGAUUUAGGAAAUGCCUGGACAUGUGAAAAGGAAAUCAAGACGGACUUUUCAGACAACAAUUGUGUAAUUACCUGUUUAUGUUGCGUUGGGCUGUAUAAUGAGGUUUAAUUCAUAAGAGUAAGAGAAAAGAGUCAGUGAUCCUCCACUUGACCGUGAAUAAAUGAUCAAAACUCGCAUUUAGUCUCUGUUCCUCGGGUCUCUGCCAGACAGGCAGGUCAGAAACAGAGUGAUUCACAGAUUGCUGCCUAAUUAAAAGUAGAGCUUUGUGACAACUGCUGCAGAAGUGAGAAGUCAUUCCCUUCCUCAAUCAUUCUGUCGGUCGCCCAAGAGCGACCUGGAUCAUCCCAACAGAAUUAAUAUUUUGAAGUUUGAAUGUCAGCAGAGCGAGGGAGGGAGGAGGGAGUUUGUGCGCCAACAAUUAGCUCUGAGGCUCUUUUGCGUUCUAAUGGUUCUCCGUCAUAAUUUGAGUGAUGGUGAGCUGAUGUGAGUAAACACACAGCAUGGUAUAUUUAUUACUGGUGUCGCACUGUCUGUGUGUGUGUGUGUGUGUGUGUAGCCUCUAGACCUGUGCAUAGCAGAUGAGACAUCUGGGGGGAUUGUUCACAGCCAAACAGCACAGACAAACACAUGCAUAUCAAGACUCGCAGUGAGAAAAAAGGGACAUGUUACAGAAUACAUAAAAACCUACGACACUUAAACACCAAAUUCAGACGCCGGGACAAAUUCGCAACACUCGUGUAACCCUGAAUCACAAACUCACUGAGGGUAAAAGAAUGAAUUUGUGGUAUCUCUGCAAAGCAAAAAUCAUAUCUUCUGUGCUGACUCUCCAUUCUUUAAACUGUGAAGCGAGUUUCAUGGAGGCAACCUUAAGUGAAAGAUAUCUGUAACUGUCCUUGGGAAAUACACACACAUGCAUACACACACACACAUGCAUACGCUAUCUCUCUGUUGCUCUCUUUUCUCACACACACUGUGUCCCUUGGGUGUUGCUGUCUGUUCUUUGCAACUUAACAGGCAGGGACCUCCAGUAGCAAGAGAUGCCGAUAGCGUCCUCUUUCACCCGCUGGUAUGGGGAGCGAUAACACCGCAUCGCCGAGAGAGCACGAUGCCAUUCCCCUUCGCCUCGCAGCAGGGACCCCCACUUUACAUAUUCAAAACUAAUCCUCCCCUGAAUAUAUAGACUGGUUUUAUGUAUAGAGCACGAUCCAGGAAUCACCAAAGGGCAUCUCCAGCACUCGGAAGAACACUUGAGCUGAUUUUAUUAGUGCUUCAUAUAAUUCUGGCAGCGAUGCACACACACUGAGACAGGGUGCUGUGUACAAACUGGCCUUCAGAUGGAAGGUGACAGCUCCUGGGAGAGAAAUAACAGCCGUGCAGGCACUUCUACAAAAAUUAAAUAGAUAAAAAAUAUAAAAUGAAAUAGGAAAAGGCUCCUCGAUGAGAUGCAGUGACCACAGUAAUGCAGGGAAGUUCCCCUCUGUUCUUAGAUUUAUGACAUUUUAAAGCAAUUUUAUGGGUUUUCCUGUACAGCCUUAUUACUUUAUUCACUUAUCCGAAUAAUAGCGUGUUUUAUGGUGAUGUGGUUACACUGCUAUGUUACUAGACAAAUAUUAUGUAGCAUGAAUCCUAUUUGAGCAAUAAAAAGUAAUGUUAUUUGUUUUACUAGACGCUGAAUCUGCUGAGGUAUUUUUGACAUUUUCACGCCGCUUUCUAGCAACUUACCAAACCAAAACUGAAAUUAAGGAAAACUACUUUAAUUUUCUUUUUCUUACUUUUUGUUAAAAAAUAUAUAUGUUGAUGGAGCUAGAAAUUGGAGUCAGACAGUAACAAGAAAAAACUUCAUUUGCCUGUGACUCAAUUCUCUGUCCCACUUAGCUAAAGACUAAUCCCGCUACUUAAGGAGUCUGUUUCCAUUUACUGAGGAAAUAUUGACGGAUGGCUCAUUUCCUUUAAAGAGCUCUGUUUUCUCAGGCAGUGUCCUGGACACCGAUGCCCCGAAGGACCGGCUCCUCCCUUAGACUAACAUGACCACAGCUCCAGGGGGAAGCAGCUUUGCAUAAUAACCUCAAAUUUACUCCCAAAAUUUGUCUAAACGAACACCUUAAAAAGCAAGUCCUGGAAGAAGUGCCCUGAGCUAUAGACACUGUUAGACACUGUUUGGAGGGAACCGAACAGCGAGGUGUGUCCUGUUUGAUUUGCUGGAAAGUGAGAGGCUGAACGAGAGUCAUGAGAAACUAAAUAUUUCUCUUGUUUAUUCAGCCAUUAUUGACUGAAACUUAUUUUUCUCUCUCUGUGUUGCAUCGUUACAAGAACAGGAAACAGGGAGCAAAGGAGAGAAGUUGAAGUUGUGGGAGUGCAGUAAAAAAUAUAACGAUAAUGAAGUCUUUAUUGACUCGCAUAUUGAAUUCUGUUUAAAGAAAGUUAAUAUUAAUGAUCCAUCAUAUGCUCUCAUUCAGCUCAUCGCCCAAGGCAGGUGUCGGUAAUAUUGACCAUGCUGGGAGAAUCUUCAAGCUGAAGCACAACAAUACAAAAAGUUAAAGCUACAUUCCCAUCAGUGUGCUCCAAUAAAAGACAUUAAAGGUAAAGUGAGGUGUAGCUUUUCAAACACUCAUUACCUAUAAACAGAUGUUCCCCAGCUGCCGACUCACAAAAAAACACUGCUGACAACAACUGUUAAGGCCGAAAUUAUGCAGAGAAAUGCAUCUCUAUAACCUAGGACCUUCAGAGAAGGCCUCAUAACCACUCUGUCUGAAGAAACAAGAUGGCUGAUGAAGAAAUUAAUGCAGGCAAAGUCAUUAUCUUCCCUCCUAAAACCACAGUGGGUUUAUGUCCCCCUGUGUCGCUUUUUCUCUGGGGCUAGCAUUUAAGUGUCGAUGGACUUAUAAAAGAUAGGACAAGCCAACUGUGCUCCUUUUGUCUCCUUCCCUCCAUAUGGGAGGCUGCAGCAUAUGCAAGAACUGGCUCGGCUUCUGUAAAACUUCCAUUAAAGAUGCACAACUAAGGCUCUGCCAGCUUGAAUAUUACCUCUCUGCGCAAAUUAUUUAUGGCUCGGAAAAAACGCUGAUGAUGAGCAUCUCCAGCGACUUGUCUAAAUAAAAACACUUUUCUCUGCAAUUUCAGCUGUGCUUCUUUUUUCCUGCCUUUUUUUUUUUUUCAGGGAUGUGCUUAACCAUUUGUAGAAACGAAAGGUAUGCAGUUUUGUUCACAUACUAAGGUUUGAGCUGUAAUGCGUUUAAUUAUUGGAACCUCAGCUCUGAAGACUGCUUUAUUAUGUAGGGUUUGUAUAAUUAGGAGGCGAUAUCCUUUAGAUUUUGUUGAGAAGCUUCUGCUAUUUCUUACAGUUGUUACGUAAAAAAGACAGAGAUGAUUAAUAUGAGAAACAGAGGACAGGGCAGCGCUCUUUCAUCCAGACACCUCAUCAUCAUGAUACGCCAUUAAACCGCUCAUUAACAAGGCCCCUUUGUCUUUUCUUUCCAUGACUCAGCCUUGCCGUCCGUCUGCACAUGACUGAGACUCCUCGCCGGACCAAUAUUGACCUAAUUUAGCAUGCGAAGAAUAUGAAGAAGUUAACCUUUGGGAAAAAACACCUUGCAGCAACAUUAAUUGACAAACCGCAUCAAUUCUCCCUCCUACCCCUCUUUUGUAAUUACUCCGCCGCACGUUUGAUUGCCGCUGUGGAGCUGAGGACCCACGCUUCAUUUGCCGUGAGGUCAUCGGCAGCCCUCAGAAAUAUGAAUAUGAUUUAUACAGGAAGUGCGUGUGCUGCUGCGUGUGUUAGAGACACAGAAGAAAAGAGAGAGGGGAAUGUCCUUGGCUACGUACUGUAUGUUGCAUGAGGAGAUUAAUGCCUCCCUGGCAGCCAUAUCUGCUUAGCAGGAGGACUUCUCCAAAGUACACCGCAUGUAAUUAUCAGGCAAGUUUAUACUAGUUUUAGAUAAAGAGGCACUCUGUGGCACAUUUUUCAAGUUGCCUCAAUUGCUGCUCUAUCUGUGUAAUUUGGAGCUUCAGAGAAGUGCCAGCCUUCCUUUUUGACACCAUGCUUCUGCUGUGAAAUACAGCGGCACUGAACUGAAAGAAUGCAGAGGUUAUUUUGAGUUGAACUAUAAUUCUCUUCUUGUUUUUAUUUAUGCAUAAAAAUUGCCGUGCAUACAUUUUCUUACGCGUCAUGAAAUGAUAUAUUUUUGUCUUUUCACAGCGUCUCAUAUCUUGUCAUUUAACAGUGACAUUGAAGAUAAAUUUCAUAUUGCUGUAUACAAGUAGGCCAACCCAGAUUUGUAAGAGCUGUUUCCCCCCUGGGAUAAGAGGCAGUGUGUCAUAUAAAGUCUCCAUUUCUGUUUCAUCUCCAAGUUCACUCUCAGCACCAGGACAGAGGUAGAGACUGUGCAUGACAACACUGUCAGCAGGCCUGGAGGACAGUAGCAGCUCUCCUGCCAAUCUCAGUCACUGUCAUCCAAGUUCAACCUGCACUUUCAGAUGCUUGAAACACAGAGCUGCGGGGUCUCUUCAAGCUGUUUGAAUUCAUUGUAUUAUUAUUUAGAAAAAUAUGAAACUCCACCUAAAGAGCAAUCUGCUUUGGUCUUCCUGCAGGUGAUUGGAGACAUGGAGGGGUUGAGCGACGCAGCCAGGACGGUGCCCUGCGAGGGUCAAAGCUCUGCUGAUAAGAGAGGAGAAAAGGAAGCUUCAAGUGCUCCACGGCAGCUGCGGAAACGCAAGAAACUGUUUCAGCGUGAGUGAUAACAUAACGCUCUUUUUAGACAAAAGAUGUUGAUUCAUCCAACACCGAUGAUGUUUGUGUUCUUAUCAGCUCCUCUCUCUCACACACAUGUGACUUCUUUACCUGCUGUUUACUCUUUCUAAUGAAGUGUUUUCACUCCCUCAGGGUCUCAUCGUGUCGAACCUGCAGGAGGAAGUGGGUGUGACUCCAGUUUUGCGCUGCAGGAUCUCCACCAGUAAUGUCAGAGCAAAAGGAAAGAGAGUUGGAUCCAAAUGUGGGUGUUUCUUUUAUCAAUUAUAACUGUUGCAUGUGACUACUUGAAGGGAGAAUUUAAAAUGAAUAUUUAUCAGUUUAACACUCGAACUACCAAAGCAGUCAUUUUGAUUGCUUUCAAAAUUUACAAUGUAAUAACUUCUUUAAAAUAAAACGUUACACCAGU